UUGCAUUUAGUUUUGUAUACUUUGUCACUGGUCGUAUGUUUGUGUCAUUUCCUAUUGUUGAGGGUUUGGCUGAGAGCCAACAACACCUACUUUCUGUUUGAGCUGUUAUAAAUAAGGACUAGAGUAUCUCCCAGCACCAUUCACAGCUUAGUCUGAGGCACGUACUUUCCUCAUCACAGCACAAACCAAGGUAAGAUAAUAGUACAUUAUUUACAAACAAAAUACCUAGAUAAAAAGGAGCGUACAAAUACCUGCAACAAUCAUUCUAUUAAUACAGAAUUAAUGAUGCAAUUUACUUCUUUUUUAACGAGAUCUCACUUUUACAAAAAAAAGUAUUUGUAGCAUUUUUUGAUGCAUUUUUGCUUUGUUUCAAUAAUAUCUUAUGAUUUAUCCACUAAUCAUUGAAUUGUAAUAACUGAAAAACAAAUUGCAAAAUGUACACCUUACAGUAUGCCUUUAAUGCUGUACUGCCAUGUAGGUCAUUUAUGUAUAAUAAUUUUAUUUACAGCUUAAUAAUUAUUGGAAACUAUAUGGAUGCACAUUUGCAUUUAAAAUACACUUAAUUAACAUUAUAAGUGCUAUUCUUGGAUAGAUUUGUUCAAUUUUUUUUUUCCUGGUUUUGCCAUUUACAGGGGAAUAUAAAGGAUGAGAUAUCGUGAGGUGUAAAACAUUGGGGGCCUCCCACUCCCACCCCAAUUUACAGGGAUUUACUAACUAAACACCCAAUUGUAGUAAAUUGAAAACAGAAUUACAAAAUUUAGGAUAAAAUAGCCAUUUUAGUUGAUCUGCAGAAUCUUUCCAAAUUGCAAUUGUUUUGCUGAAUUUUUUAAUUCAAUUUCUUGUUUAGUGAAAACAAACCUGUAGGGUAAUCACACCGGCUAGUUUGUGUUCAAGUGAGUUACCCAUGGAUAUCUGUUCCCUGAUAUUUUGGGAGUUUGCUUGCGUAGUUAGGGUUAUAUAGACAGUUGAGUUUAAAAAGUGCGCUAGAAUGCCAAUACUUAUGACAUAGCGGGAUGUGGUUACAAUUGGGAAUGGGGACAAAUGUAACCUAACUGCAAUUUUGAUUCUAAACUUUAACUGAAUGCAAUAAUUAUGGGUUUAUUUUACUUAUUUAUUUUGAGUAUGUAUAAACACAAUACAUGAAGAUGACUAUGUGGUAAGCCUUGUUAAUCACCUCGAAAGUGAGAUAACAUAGAGACAUGUAAAGAGGCAUGUAAAGAACUAUUUAAUUCUGGAGAAAAAAAACUUUGAAGCAUAUCUCACAUUUAUAUCUUUUUUAAAUCUGCCCUGACACGCUACAAUACAUCUUCAGAAUAUGAUGCCUACAUUCACACAAUAAAAUCAACCUGUUUAUUGCAAACUACCUGUUGUGCAAGUUGUAUUCUGCUGUAAAAUAUUAGUACUGUGUUUUUAAAAGCUAAAUUUUGUAAAUAAUACUCAUCACACUGAAAGUGGUCAGAAUUAUUUCAGUCAUUUCUGCUUGAGAUGGGGAAAUCUAGCUACGUGACUGUUUGCACAGCACCAAUGAGGUUAAUAUAUGCAAACUUUUUCUCCUAUGCAAACUUUUUCUAGCAGACAAAUCAGAUGACUUAAAAGGAUUUGUAGUAUAAUGUGACUGUUGCCUUAAGGCUUCUUGAACAAAAAUAUAUUUCAUUAUUGCCAUGGUAUCAAGGAAACAAUGUACAAGGAAGGAUUUUUUAUAUUAUUAUUAUUAUUAUUAUUUUAUUAUUUAUAUAGCGCCAACAAAUUCCGUAGCGCUGUACAAUGGGUGGAAUAACAGACACAUAAUUGAGAUCAGACCACUGACGUACAGGAACAGAGGGGGUUGAGGCUUACAUGCAAGAGGGAGUGGGGUAUAGUGACACAAAGGGUUAAAGUAGGGGAAUUCAAUAGUUUGUUACAGAAGGGUUUAUUGAGUGCUUGGUAGGUCCUUUUUGACCGGUGCAGGAAUGGAGUCAUGGGGUGGGGGAUGAGAAACCUGCUGACAGUUUAAUUGAUACGCUUUAAUGAAGAAGUGAGUUUUCAAAGAUUUUUUGAAGGAGUGGAGGCUGGCUGAAAGUCUGAUUGAGGAGGGAAGGGAGUUCCACAGAAUAGGUGCAGCCCUGGAGAAGUCUUGAAGGCGAGCAUCAGAGGUGGGGAUCCGGGCAGAGGAUAGGCGUAGGUCUUGGGCUGAGCGCAGGGGUCUCGACGGGACAUACUUGUGUAUGAGGGAGGAUAGGUAUGUUGGAGCAGCAUUAUGUAGGGAUUUGUAAGCAAGCGCCAGAAUUUUGAAUUGGGCCCUAUAUCUAACUGGAAGCCAAUGCAUAUAUAUACACACAUAGAGAUAUACUUUAUACUACUCCAAUAUGCCAGAGUUCAUGAACAAAGUUUUUUACUAGCAGCAAUACAUUAAAUUACUAUUGCAUGCAAUAAUUUAUUGGCAGGAAUAAAGUUUACAUUAUGGCUACAAGUUGAUAUAUGAGUAUCUAUGUAUGUAUGAAUGUGCAUGUAUGUAUGUGUGGAAGUGCAUGUCUGUCUGAAUGAGUGCCUGUAUGUGUAACAUUUCUGUAUGCAAUUAUCUGUUUGUCUAUGUGUGUGAGUGCAAGUAUCUCUGUGUGCGUGAGUGCCUGUGUUUGAGUAGCUAUAUGUGCUUAUAACUUGUGUUUGUGUGUGACUGGACGAAGUCUUUAUUGUGACAUCUGAAAUAUCUGUAAGAUUCCAUGAUAGUCCAUGUACAAUCAGUGCAUGUCCAGCAGAGAAAGAAACAAAUUCAAAAGUCUUUCUUAAUGUUUUUUUUGUUUUUUUUACCCUUUGAAGUAGCUUCAUAUUUAGAUGGAAAUCAUGUCCUUUAACCCCUUAAGGACCAAAUUUUUGGAAUAAAAGGGAAUCAUGACAUGCCACACAUCAUGUGUCCUUAAGGGGUUAAAGGCUAAGGAGGAGGGUCCAGGUCAAGGUUAAUUAAGAGAAUGGCUAUUUGGUAGCUAUACCUCUAGGCACUAGCUGUAUCAGUUCAAACAUAUUCAGUAGUUAUAAAGACCCUUUAUCAAAUUACUUGUGUUCAAUUGAGCCAGGCAAAACAGGAAAUAACAGCAAGCAAAACUACACGGUUACCAUCAGAAAUCAUGGAUCCCGCUGUAUCUUUCUUGAGCCUGAGCCAGUCUUCCACUUUUGCUUCCCUACACUCACAGCCAUCUUAUUUCCCAAUCAGGUUUAAUAAGUAUUCUUGUGUCCCAUGACAGACUAAUUUAUUUCCUCAUUCCAUACCCUAACUUGAAUUUUAUAAUUCUUGGUGUUAUCCCUCAUUCAUCCAGUGCUUGUGCUCUCCCCAUCCACCAUCUGUGAUUCUCCCAAUUCCUCUCACGUGUCUCCUCUGGCAAAUGUGCAGCAGCUCUCUUAUCCCACUUGCCUUCCCCCUAAUCCCCUACCCUCCCACUCUUAUGUUCUUCUCUCUAUGCACUCUCAAGUGUCUAAUAUUGUUAGAACAAGUCUAUAAAAACAAAACUCUGUACCGUGCGCCACCAGAGCCAAAUCAAUUAACAUUUUAGAUGGAAAGCUCAAUAAAAAAAAGCAGCUUGACAUAUACACUUUCUAAUGUUUCUGCCAUGCUAGAUAUGACACGUCAAACGUGACACUGCUUUGCAUCACUACUCAACCUCUCAUUAUGAAAACUAUAUGGUUACACUUCGUGAAAAGUCUUGCCAUUUCUCAGUCACAUUACUUGCUUAGCCAAAGCGCUGUAUUCUUCAGUUCCAGGUUUUGAUGUUUGCAUUGGAGUAUAAGUGACACUCUUGUCCAAUAUUGUUAUGGAAAGAGAGGUGAAUGAAUAAUCUGUGUACCUGGAGAACAUGUUAAAGUAAUGAACUGGAGAAUAUUGUAACAGACCUGAUGACAUUGAAUAAUUUUUAGCAGUAAUGGCCUAAUAAACAAAACCAUGCUUUUAAGAAUUGCCAUUUUUACUAACAAAAAUGAAAAGUCCAUCAUAAUUAAUUAGUAAUUAAUCAAUAAACACACACUGUUUGUUCACUAAAGUGUGAAUUGCCAAAACUGAAUUUCAGAUAUUAUGCCAAAAUAGCCAUAUUGUAAAAUGUUGUUAUGUUUUUGAUUCAGCUAGUAUGGCCUGAAAUUUUAAAUUCUCAUUGGUAAAUAAUCCUGGCAGUGAGUGACCACACAAAUAGGUUGACGAAAAGUAAAUGCACAUACGCCGCCACCCAUUAUUUGCAACCAACGGCACCUUAGCAAUAGUCGCACUGACAGGUUUUGUUAGUAUAAAUUGUCAACUGAAAGUUAAUAAUCAACAGCAAGAAUAUGGUCUCUCCAGUAUAUAGUUAAUCAUAUUAACUUUUAUGAUUCACACAGUUUGCAACCAGGAAAUCUCAGCCUACACAUGCUAUCCUGAAUAGCACUGAGAUAAAUAAUGCAUUACUUUAUUCAGUAUUAUGCCCCUGGUCAAAAAUGUAGUUUAUGUUUUAGCAGUUAAGACUUAUUAUUAUUAUUAUUAUUAUUAUUAUUAUUAUUAUUUACAUGUCAUUGAUUGCAGCAAUAUCAUGUUUAAAGGACCACUAUAGUGCCAGGAAAACAUACGGCAGGAGCCGCGUGCACAUUCAGCCAGUCCAUAGGAAAGCAUUCACAAUGAUUUCCUAUGGACGCUGGCGUCUUCUCACUGUGAUUUUCACAGUGAGAAACGCGGAAGCCCUCUAGCGGCUGUCAGUGAGACAGCCACUAGAGGCUGGAUUAACCCUAACAUAGGCUGAAUGUGCACGCGGCUCCUGCCGUAUGUUUUCCUGGCACUAUAGUGGUCCUUUAAACACGAUAUUGCUGCAAUCAAUGACAUGUAAAUAAUAAUAAUAAUAAUAAUAAGUCUUAACUGCUAAAACAUAAACUACAUUUUUGACCAGGGGCAUAAUACUGAAUAAAGUAAUGCAUUAUUUAUCUCAGUGCUAUUCAGGAUAGCAUGUGUAGGCUGAGAUUUCCUGGUUGCAAACUGUGUGAAUCAUAAAAGUUAAUAUGAUUAACUAUAUACUGGAGAGAAAAAAGGGUUAAUCCUAGAUGGACCAGGCACCCAGACCACCUCAUUAAACUGAAGUGAUCUGGGUGCCUAUAGUGGUCCUUUAACUUUCAAGGACGGAGGCAAUUGUCCAAGUUCUGAACAAUGUGUUUCUUUCACCGUAAUUUUAGUUCCCCACUAUACAUAUUAAACAUUGUUUUUUAAAGUAAAGAAAGGGCAUUUUUUAACAUCCUAUAUGUGUACCUAACGCAACAUUAAGUGUGAAUAAAAUGUUAAAAAUUGGGACGGAAUUAUUUUUAAAAACAUUUCUAGUUCAACUAAACAAACAGAACUCAAAAUAAAUGAAUGCAUCGCUCUUAACUGUUAAAUGCCACAUAUGUCUAGUAUCAAAAUUAACUCGCUAUCUGAAAUAUUCAUUUUAACUGUGUUGGAUUUUCACUGAAAUACCAACCCAGUCAAGAAAUAUACAGAGAUAAAGAAGGGACUACUUUGUCUUUGUAUAUUUCCUCCGCCUGACUGAGCUACAGUAAUGGCUGGUGGAAAUUGACUGUUUAUGGGGCAGCAGUGAAGUCGGCUCCUAGCACUAAAGAGGACCCACUGGAACAAGAUGUCCACAAGAGACAGGUUCAGAUAAGUAAGUCUCACCUUUACCUGCCCCUCCUGGCCACCAGACCCACCGGUGGUGAUAUCACUGAUGGGGGUCUUUGCGAAUUCAGCAAAGUCCCUAGACUGUGACAGUGCCAUUUAGAUCUAAUCCACCAUUAACCCUUACCUUACCCUAACACUAAUGCUAAUCCUGCAACUGACUCUAACCCUACCCUAACAUUAAAUAUAACCCUAACUUUAAACCUAUAGAGGCCUUCAGUUACAUAAAAUGGUAGACAAAGGUAUGUUGCCACAAUCUACUAGCUGUUCUCUUUAUUUCAGGGACAAUUCCCAGUAAUACUGAAAUCAAGCAUGCUUUCCCAGCCAAUUACACUAUGAUAAGUGCUGGGAAGCACUAAUUUUGGCUUGAGUGCAUGCAAUGAGAGACCCUGGCCUGGGGGUCUCCCAUGAGGAGCUGGCAGCUGAGAAUCAACGUGGUUGAGUGCGUUCUGCUCACCUGCAGUGUUCUCAAUGAAUUUUUAAAUGGCUAUAAGCAGUGCUGGCUUUGAGCACCCCAGCUGACAGAGUGGAGCCCCAGGUAAUAAUGGAUACCAGGGCCCCCCUAAUGUAAAGUAGUGAUUUAAGUAAGUAGUGAUUGUAGCAAUAGACCAUUAAAAGCUUAUUUGAAUAGUUGUAGCAGGGAUUACUUUGAGUGCAGCAUGCAGCAUAUCUCUCUUGGACCACUGAAAAUUACCCCUGCCAACAGAGGGGAGCUCAAAAUAGCUAUUGAUGCCUGGGCCUCCCAGUGUGAGCAGAGAUUUAACUCUGCUCAUCUAACAUUGCAAUCAAUGGGAAUUUCAAAUGGGCUGUUUGCAGAACACAAUUUGAGUGUGGCAUACAGCGCAACUGACAGUCAGAAGCCACUGAAAAUGGCCCCAGUUGACAGAGAGGAGCCCCAGAUAUUGGUUGACCCCUGGGUCUUUCAGUCGUAAGCAGGUAUUUACCCCUACUCAAACCAACACUUUACUUGCAGUUCUUCAAACUUCUUCCAAAGGACUCUUGCAUUAUAUGUAAUUAGGAUUUAAAGAAACAGUCUAAGCAACAUAGCCACUACAAACACUGUAGUAGUUAUGGUGCCAUCCUGCCGUAAGAUGUCAAAUCAGCUAUGUGCAGUUUAACUACUUAAUUGGGUCCCUGGACCUCAUUCUGUCUUGUCUUCUCAUGGAGGAAAAGCCAGAUGUCAAUGUAGAGUAAAGCACGACUGAUGCAGGACCAUGCUUACUGGCUGAGAGCAUUCAACUGAAUCUCCUAGCCAGUGAGCAUGGACCUGAUUUACUCUUCAGAUCAAUAUAGAUUCUUCAUCUGAUGAAGACUGGAUGCAGAGGUUGAAGCAGUAGGUAUCUGGCAGGACUCCAUAUUAAAAAAGUUUGACAUCUUACUCCUGGCGCCAUACCUACCACAGUUGGUUGUUUUAUGAUGCUUGGAGUAUUCCUACAAAGGACGGCUGCUAUAAUUUUCUAUUAUUGUUGAAAGUAAAAGAUUAACUUGUUACACACAUGUUGUGUUAUUUUGUAAUGCAGAUUUGUAAGUAAAAACCUUUUUUGAGUGUAUCCCAUUGUCUCGUCAUGCUCUUUGAUGGCAGAUGUCUUUAUGUAACCUUAGAUUAGAAGCACAACAUUUCUGGUCAUAAAUUCUGCUGAUAAUCAAGAGCUAAUGUGCUUUAACGAAUCUUGGCUUGUGCAAGUGUGAGACAUCUAAAAAAUGCACUCUGGAAAUGUCGUCAGUAUGUGGAUUAGUGCCUUUAAAACAUAGACUCUAUCAGGGAUAAUACAACAAAAAUAUUAGACGUACAUUUUUACACAUUCUAUAUGUAUGUGCGUGCCCUUGCUAUUUCAGUAUAAGUCUACGCCUCAUAACCUAGCACAACACUUUAACACCUCUAUAUAGUGGUUAUGUGUUUAUUUAUUUACUUGUUUGCCAAUACUUAUAUAAUGAGUAGUCCCGGGGCAAAGUUCUAAAAGUGGAGCAGUCACCAUGGAAUCCAAUGGAAUGUCUCUGAUGUUUGCUCCAUUUUUAGAACCUUGGCCGUUAAUUACUCUUUAUACAUAAAACCCCUAUGUGUCUGAGGGGUGGAUAGCAGCAUUUAAUUAAUCUAAGGUUGAUGAUUUGACUAGACAGGACAAAGCUAAUGAGCAGGGAUCACGACCAGCAAAUCAUAAAGGAGGAGAUGUGUUCAACAGCCAAUCAUAAAGGAUCUGAGUUCAUGGACAGCAAAGCUUAGCCCACUCCCGAUGAUUACACGGGGAAGUAUAUUCAUAAGAGGUGCAGAUUAGGCUGCACUGGGUUCAAUACUGAUGAUUGAUUGCACAUGUUGUUGCCACACUUUUGGACUGUGUCUGUGACUUGAGCACUACUACCUAACAUGAAUAAAUAAAUAAGACAUUAUUUUUAAAAAAAAUGGACAUAGAAUGGCUACACCUGGAGUUUAAAUAAUGUGUAUCUAGUAGCCUGAGAUGGUCUUUAUAUUUAUUGUAAAACUCCCACUCCUGUUUACUGCUUGUGGUUUAUAGCUAAUUGUCUGCCAAUGGUAACUUAGAGAGUUUCUUUAGUGGCAUGUCAUAAAGAUUUUAUGUAGCAACUCAUUAACUGUGAUAGGAAAAUGGUUCAAAUGCUAGACCUCCUGGAAACCAAAGAUGAUACACUUGUACUUGCAUUAUUUGCAGUUAAACAGGGAUUGUCACUAUGAUAUACUAUACUGACAACUACAUUAAUUAGAAUUCUGAUGUAUUGUCUUCUCAUUAUAUAAAGGAAACUUUUCCAUAGUAUUUAACCCUGAUAAUCUGCCCAAUAACAGAUUGAUUAAUGAUGUUAUUCACUAAAAAGCUAUUUGUAUUGUAUUGAAAUAUUCAUUGCAAAACUUAGGCCAAAAUAAUUGAAUGUUUAACAAACUUUGGUAUCAUUAAUACCGUGACAUUAUGUUUUUUAUUUGUGUUUUCUCUGUGAGCACUAGAAGAGUAACACUGCAUGUACCUAUACCUUUGGCAUUAACGGGGUUAAUGACACAUUCAGGAUUUAGCUAUCCCUCUAAGGAUUGAAAUCAUUCAGUGCCAAACACUGUUCAUAAACCAUGCACCAGUCCUGUGAUUAUUGAGAACAUGGCUUAUAAUUAUGCCAGAAGUAGAAUUAACCAUUUUAUUUUAAAUAUCCAACAUUAAAGAUGUCUUUUGUUUGAAGCAAAUUCCUUAUAAUAUAUAUAAAAUACCACAUAAAUAUUCUUUGCCGGUUAGUGGCUCUAUCAAUUUGCAGGUUUUGUUUUAAAAUGUAUCAUUUUUGUUCCUUUGUUUCUCCUUGCUUUUAUUUUUUAUAAUUCACUAUAAUAUAUUUAUUAUACAUGAAAAAUAGUAGGGAUUUAUUUUUCUUAAGGGGAGCAUGAUCUUUGGCAUUUUCUUGGCCAAAGUUCCCUAUCAGUUGCUAAGCUAACAAAAGACCAAACUGAUGGACAGAGAAGAACAAAAUGGCAGCACACUGGUAUUGAGAUAUAGUGCAAGGAAAAAAACACAAUAAAUAUAAAUAAAGGAAAGUUUGAAGGAAGGGAAUAUAAUUAAGGGACAUAACAAAAGGAAAAGUGAAAGAAAAAGUUUUUUAAUUGUAUUUACAUUCAAAUGUCUUCAAGCCCCCUUGGUACCAUGUGCAAGGUUAUGGCGAUGAUACAUGUAUGUAGGCCCAAGAAGGCACGUAUAAAUUUGCAGGAGCAUCAAUGAUGUCUCCACACCUGGAACUGCUGCAGAGGUAAGUGUGUUUUACUUCCUUCUGCUGCACUCAUCAGCUCAAUAGAUGUUUUCAAUUGUGUGUGCUGUGGUAAGGGAUUGAGGAACUAUCAAUUUCAGAGGCUUGACAGUUCCUCUUUAAUGUUUAUAAUUCAAUUAAUUAAUUCAACAGAGUUCCCAUCUUGAAUUAGUGAAUGCUAUGUUCUGUUUCCCCAAACACAUAUUAUGCAAUGUUUGUACAAUAAUGGUAUUGUGUGUGCAGGCUUCCCAAUAGCCCUGAUUUCCUGUCCUGACAUUCCAAUUUUAUUUCCUGAGAAACCAAGGAAAAACCCAUUGCCCCCUGUGCACGGAUCAUGGCAAAGGAGUAGGGUAACAUACAUGGGUAUACAAAACAUUUCUGGGUAAUGGUGCUGGAUAUCAAACUAGAAUUGUAGGGUAUGAAAACAUGGGGAAGAUGUUGGGAAAUUCUUAUAAACACAUCUUCCGAAAAUACGAUAUGUUGUUAAAUGUGCAUGAUUGUUUCGGUACCUGUGACAUCUGCUCUCCCAUGCAUAUUGACACUGUGUGUUAUUCUGGCAACAUUUCUGAUGCAGACUGCUCCGCUUUUAUCGCAUCUUACACACCAGAAUGCUUGCAUCAUUUUUCAACCGUAAGGAAUGUUGUGUGAGUUUGGCAUCACUGGGUUUUUUAACAUCCAGGUUCAUUCUGGUUCUUUGCCCUGUUGUGGAUCCUGUAAAUCCAGGAGUGUGUUUCUUGAUUUAUUGUCCUACAGUUGUGCUCAAAAGUUUUCAUACCCUGGCAGAAAUUGUGAAAUUUUGGCAUUGAUUUUGAAAAUAUGACUGAUCAUGCAAAAAAAAAUUAUUUUAUUGGAGGAUAGUGAUCAUAUGAAGCCAUUUAUAAUCACAUAGUUGUUUUGCUCCUUUUAAAAUCAUAAUGAUAACAGAAAUCAGCAUAAUGACCUUGAUAAAAAGUUUACAUACCCUUGAAUGUUUGGCCUUGUUACAGACACACAAGGACACAUACACACACACACGUUAAUUUCCUGCACCUGUAGCUUUUUAAAUUGCAAUUAGUGCCUUUGUAUAAAUAGACAAUGAGUUUGUUAGCUCUUCUGUGGAUGCACUGAGCAGGCUAGAUACUGGGCAAUGGAGAGCAGAAAAGAACUGUCAAAAGACCUGCGUAACAAGGUAAUGGGACUUUAUAAAGAUGGAAAAGGAUAUAAAAAACAUAAUCAAAGCCUUCAAAAUGCCAGUUGGUACUGUUCAAUCACUCAUUAAGAAGUGGAAAAUUCAGGGAUCUCAGAAUACCAAACCAAGGGCAGGUAGACCAAGAAAUAUUUCAGCCGCAACUGCCAGAUGAAUUGUUUUCGAUACAAAGAAAAACCCACAGGUAACAAAUACAGGCUGCUCUAAAAAAAGAAGCUGGGGUUGUUUCAAGGAGCACAAUAUGAUGAUAUUUGAACAAAAAUGAGCUACAUGGCCAAGUCGCCAGAAAGAAGCCUUUACUGCGCCAAUGCUACAAAAAUGCCAGGUUACAAUAUGCCUGACAAUACCUUACAUGCCUCACAGCUUCUGGCACAUUGUAAUUUGGAGUAACAGGACCAAAAUAGAGCUUUUUGGUCACAACCAUACUCGCCAUGUUUGGAGAGGGGUCAGCAAGGCCUAUAGUGAAAAGAAUCCCAUCCCCACUGGGAAGCAUUGUGGUGGCUCACUGAUGUUUUCGGGGGUGUGAGCGCUAAAGGCAUGGGGGAUCUUGUGAAAAUUGAUGGCAAGAUGAAUGCAGCAUGUUAUCAGAAAAUACUUGCAAACAAUUUGCAUUCUUCUGCACGAAGGCUGCGCAUGGGACGCUCAUGGAGUUAAAGUUCUGGUGUGGCCAUCACAGUCUCCUGACCUUAAUAUCAUCAAGCCACUCUGGGGAGAUCUCAAACGUGCGGUUCAUGCAAAACGACCAAAAACUUUGCAUGACCUGGAGGCAUUUGGCUAAGACGAAAGGGCAGCUAUAUCACCUGCAAUAAUUACGGACCUCGGACAACUAUUACAAAAGACUGCACGCUGUCAUUGAUGCUAAAGGGGGCAAUACAUUGUAUUAAGAACUAAGGGUAUGCAGACUUUUGAACAGGUCAUUUCAUUUUUUUUCUUUGUUGCCAUGUUUUUUUAUGACUGUGCUAUUCUGAUAUAACAUACAGUUGAAUAUGAUUCCCAUAAGAAAUAAAAAAAAAUGUGUUUUGUCUGCUCACUCAUUUUUUCAUUAAAAAUGGUACAUAUAUUACCAAUUCUCCAAGGGUAUGCAAAUGUUUGAACACAACUGUCUCUGGUUUUUGGCUUUGGCUCAUUUGACUUCUCCUGAUCUCUGUAAUCAUGACCUUAGUUUGUCUCUUGUAUUUGUGCCUUUCCCCUCUGGCAAACAUAUAUAACUCUCACCAAGAAAUCUACUUGUUCCUCAAUUGGCUUAUCUUCUCCAGUAUCAGUGGAUAUUCCUGCUAAGCUCGGCUCAAUGAGCAGCAGAGACUUUUCAAGAUUGACAAUCUUCGUCAAUGAUUCAAUUUGCUUUUCUAGAUCUCCAAUCUGAGAGUCCACAGCAGCCACUCACUUACAUAUUCUACAGAAGUAUGGACCUUGAAGGGACUCUUCCAGACAUGCAUACAUGCUGCAUUCUGUGCGCAGAGUCAGUCAUGAAAUCCUUCAAGAACUCAUUAACCCCCACAAAAAAAAAAAAUUUAGUAAAAAGUACUUAAAACUGUAUUUGUAAUUCUUGCCAUCCUCUUUAACACCUAUGUGCUUUAAAGGGACAGUCUAUUACAUGUGUUAAUUAGAUGUCUUACUUUGUCACUCUGUUUGACUGAGCCCUCAUAAAAAAAUAAAUUAAAUUCCAAUAAACUUACCUUUAAUGCAAUUUCACUGCAGCCCAAUCCUCCUUUUGUGAGAUCAUCACGUGAUCCUCCAAUAUAAUUCUCCUACAAACAGCACUGUGCUUAUCUGUAAUAAAACAAGCAAGCAUCUAUUCUCCCAAAUCACUUCAUUAAGAUGAAGUUAUUGCAUUUUUUAAAGGUAUGUGCUCCAAGUUAUAAAGAGCGCACAGAAAGCCAUGCCUUGCCUUAGUCACCACAAGCAAAAUGUACACACAAUUGAGAGAAAAGAGAAAAAGUGCCUUUUAACCUCUGAUAAUGGAUGUGCAAGGAUCAAACAUUUUCAACAUGCACAAUGCUUUAAUUUGAUGCAUUGCUGUACUAAGGAGAUUCAACAAAAUACAAGUCUUUGAAAUAGUAGAACAAACGUGAAUUGUGGAAUUCACCAUUAAAGUCCAAAUGUAUGUGAAAACAUACCACAAAAUUUUUGAUGAAAUGGUCAAAUUGAUCUAUAUUAAAUUUCUUAAGUUGUUUUUAUGCUAAUACACACAUCCCGAAAUUUCAAAUAUAUAAAGAGGGACACUUUAAUGUUAAGGGUGUGAGUAGGGAUGUGGACAGAGGCAGUCCCAUUUAUUCUAGUUUAAAAGACACAUUACUGGGAGUUUUAUUGCUGUGGAGCUCUGUUAUAUACUCAGACACACGAACAAUAAAGAGAGAUUUGUGACCAGAAUAGGGACUGUCCCUAUAAAUGGAGGUAGAGCAACCUUAGGGGAUACUAAUUUUCCCCAAAAGAGAGAAGGGAACAGUAAGUCAAGCAGUGAAAUUUAGACAUUUAUAAACUGAAAUUGGCAUGCCUGUAAUUUUACCCAAUAAUUUCUCAAAAAUUCAAGUUCUAGAUGUAGGACACAUUCGUAGUGGGGGCAGUGGAAGAACAAAAAUCUUCAUUUUUUUACGGUCUUGGUCUGAAAUUCCCAUGCAAAUGAAAUGUAUGUGAAAAACACCAAAAAACAGUAUAACAGUCAGAUAUGUCAGAAAUUGGGGGAAAAUGGGUUGAAUGGAAAAUGUCACAAUGCUCUUAGUUAAGCUCUCUGGAAAUUCUUCUAGUGAUUUUGAACUCUGUGCUAGUAAAUUUAAUCGUCUUAUCAGACCCGAAUGUAUUAAAUUGUGGCAGAAUAAACACAUAGCAAAAGUUACAAAAAGGCCUUGGUCUCAAAUGCAUAGAAUCUUGGACAAGGCCACUAAAGGGUUAAAUAUACUUCAUUAUUGCAGGUUUAAUGAAAUACAAACCCACAAUUUGUAAUUUCAGAUAUAGGUUACAUUUCAAAAACAUGCUGAGCACCAGCAGAUAAGAUCUGUAUGUAGACAGCAAAAAAAAAGAAGCAGGUUUAUUAAAAUGUGUUGAUAUAAAUUAACACGAAAUAACAUGAAUUGAAGUAGCGAGGGAUGCAAACUCUAUCAUCUUCAGUGCAUUGCCAUAGGUUUAGAUUUAAAAAAAAAACACAAACAAUGAGUAAAAACCUGUUUUUUGUCAUCUUUUAAAUUGAUACUGUUUUUAAGAGUGGUUUGGUGAUUUUUAGAUUUAAAAUACAAAGAGCUGUUAUCUUUUAGAUGGAAAUUGUUUUGUUUUUACUCACAGUAGUUACUGUUAUUGGAACACUGAAAUUGCGAGGAGCACAGCAGAUGUAAUAUUGAAUUGCAAGUACCUAUGCAGCUCUUCUGGGUACCAAAGCCAUCAUCUUCCCAAAUAAGCAUCUUCUACACCAAAUAAAGCUUGCAGUCUGGGUAUAUUUCAAUGUACGUGUGUUCAUGAGCCCAGAGCAUAGCAUCAUGAAGGUGAACAAGGAUGUACACUACAUGCCAAGCUGUGCAUUGGCAGCCCAGGAUAUGAUGUAAAUAUUACUUAAAGUAUUUAAUAUUGAAAACCAAGGCAACAAUCUAUAAUUCACUUUAUUUUGUACAACAUUCAUAAGAGUUCCUGUUUCCUUUAGGCAUAUCGCCUACCUGUCUUACCUUUCCUGCAUAUUUCUAUUCAAUAAAAACUGCACAUGGGAAAAAAAGAAGCAAACGCAUUUAAUAGACAAGCUAUCAUUUGUCAUUCCAGCGAUAUGAUAGCUUAGGGAAUAAAGGAAUGGUAUUCUGCCAGGAAUGGAUAAACAGAAUUAUUUUAAGGAACUGGUUUAUAAUGACUUUCAUAUUUUAUGUUGCUGCAAACAUUAUGGUUCAUUAGUGCUCAGAAGUAUACAAAUUCCAUUAUUUUAACUGUGAUGCCAUUGCAGCUAUAUUUUCUAAUUUACAAAAUAGCUUUUCCAAUUUCCAAUGAUCCCACUAAUUGUAAAACAUGGCCAAUGUGAGUAACGGCUAAACUUGGUGUCAAAUCCAGUGGGUUUGUCAGAUGAGCUGUCAGAAAGAGCUUGACAGAUAGCUACACACUUACAAUGUGUGUUCUAAAUUCAAUAAGUCACGUUUGGUCUCACAGUAAUUCUCUGUAUUCACACAAAUGAUCUGGCCCGGUCUCAAGAGAUCAGAAUUAUCUGUACAUAAGUAUAUAGCAUUGAUUUUGUAAUAUAUUAACAAUUACACAUACAAUCGGACUUCUUGCACACUCUCCCACAGUCCCCCUCCCAAGAAUAGAAAAGUGAACAUGAGACCUAAAAAGCACUCCCUGCAUGGUCCUGGAGGCUGAGGUCUGGCUAGGCAGACUUUUAGUAAGUGAGCCCAGGAAGCAGUCACAAACUGUAAGUGUGUCUUCAUGGUGGGGUUCUAUGGUAAGAAAUCAUACAUAUAAUCUAUACUGUGAUUACCUUUGAAACUUGAAUAAAAUAUCUUAUUGAUGGGCUUUUCUUUCUUCAGAUGCUAACUUCUGUUGCUCGUGCCCUGAAAGGGACAAGGUCCAUCGCCUGGAGAAGCUUGUCUACCACUAGCUCUCAGUCUGCAACUCAGGGAUAUGGUGAGAAAAAAAAAAAAACAUAUAAAUAUAAAGCUAAAUUAUAAAUUAAUACUGUAUUGUAAUCUGAAGUUUAAACAGGCUCUGUCACCAGAAAGAUUCAUUUUCUAAUCUGUUUCUACAAAUCAUCCUAUGUCUGAAUAUUUUUUUUCCCUGACUGCUCGAGUUUCCAUAAAAUACAUAAUGAAAUGUAAACUACUUAUUUGUGUAUAUCAGUGAGGUUGACAAAACUUGGAUGGCUGGAGCUAAAAGCAAGGUUCUGUUUCAAUUGUCAAUCCGUCAUUAAAAUCAAUCCCACAGAAGGGCAAAUAGUAGACAUCAUUGGCAUUGUGAUCUGUCACAAGAAGGAAAAUAUAAUAAAUAUAAAUAAAGUCAAGUGUCUCUGGCAGGGUGGGGGUAGGGGGGAGUAUAAUCAUUAAGAUAAAGGGGGCAUAGGGAAAUUGAAAUAAAAAGUUUUUUUGAAAAACAGGACAGGGUCGCUUUAAAGAAAAACAGUCAUCAGAUAUUCACUUCUCGUUAAUUAAUGCUAUAUUGAAAAUUUCACUUUUUAUCUGGUAGAGUAGCAUGCCUUCCAAAUUUCCAAAUGAACAAAGAGGGACACCUUACUUUUAGAGGUGUAAGCGGAGGUGUGGCCAGGGACGGGACUGUUCUCAGAAAUUAUAGAUGUGUUACUAAUAACAAUUCAUGGAACUAAAAUAUAAUUUAGAACAAGAACAAUGUAUCUUAUUUACACAGACUAAUUUCUAAACACAUUUAUUGUGAGUAUUAUUGCUGUGGAGCUCUGUGAUACACUCAGACAUACUAACAAUAUGGAGCUCCUAAAAGAGCAGAAAAGGACAGAAAAUAGGGACAGAGGGAUUUGGGUUAAAAAUGGGGACUGUCCCUCCUAUAUAGUGACUCUUGCGAACAGGUUGCCAUUAGAAAUUUUGGGGCCCCUGACACAGCUCAAGGUCUGAGCCUCCGGGGUCGGCCCCCGAGUCAACCCAUAGUGCCUGCCCCAAGUCCGCCUACAAGGAUCAAGUGUGUGUGUAAUGAAUGUGGUGUGUGUGCAUGUAUAGUGGAUGCAGAAUGUGUGUAGUGGAUGCGGUAUGUGUGUCAUGGAUGCAGUGUGUAUAGUGGUGUCAGAUUGUAGGUUUUGUGUAAUGAAUGUAAUGUUUGUAUGCAUUAGAUGCAGAGUGUGUGUUUGUGUAGUGAAUGUAGAUGUGUAUAGUGAAUGCAGAUGUGUAUAGUAAAUGCAGAGUGUGUUUGUAUAGUGGAUGUAGUGAGUGUAUAGUGAAUGCAGAGUGUGUGUUUGUGUAGUGGUUGUAGUAUAUGCAUAGUGAAUGCAGCGUGUGUGUUUGUAUAAUGAUUGCAGAGUGUGCGUUUGUGUAGUGAAUGUAGUGUGUACCAGGUGAUUGCGGAGUGUGUAUAGUGAAUGUAGUGUGUCUAGUGAAUGCAGAGUACGUAAAGUGAAUUAAGUGAGUGCAGAGUGUGUAUAGUGAAUGUAGUGUGUGUGUAGUGAGCGCAGGGUGUGUAUACUGAAUAUAGUAUGUUUGUAGUGAAUGCAGAGUGUGUGUAGUGAGUGUUUAGUGAAUGCAGUGUAUGUAGUGCGUGUGUAGUGAGCGCAGUGUGUAUAUUGAAUGUAGUGAGUGUUUAGUGAAUGCAGUGUGUGUAAUGAAUAUAGUGCGUAUGUAGUGAGGGCAGAGUGUGUAUAGUGAAUGUAGUGUGUAUAGUGAAUAUAGUGUUUGUAGUGAAUGCAGAGUGUGUAUAGUGAAUGAUGUGUGUUUGUAGUGAGUGCAGAGUGUGUAUACUGAAUGUAAUGAGUGCAGAGUGUGUAUAGUGAAUAUAGUGUGUGUGUUGAAUAUAGUGUGUGUAGUGCAUGCAGAGUGUGUAUACUGAAUGUAGUGUGUGUGUAGUGGGUGUAGAGUGUGUAUACUGAAUGUAGUGUGUGUGUAGUGAGUGCAGAUUGUGUAUACUGAAUGUAGUGUGUGUGUGUAGUGAGUGCAGAGUGUGUAUAGUGAAUGUAGUGUGUUUGUAGUUAGUGCAGAGUGUGUAUACUGAAUAUUGUGUGUGUAGUGAGUGCAGAGUGUGUGCUUGUUUAAGGAUGUUACUGCAAUCUGACCGACAGCUGCUUAUUAUAACUUGCCUGCUGCUGUGUUUGUUCUAUGUGAAAUGUGUCCCUUCACAGACAGUGGUUGGGGCUCUAAUUAAAUUUAAACAAGGGAAGUAUCUUUCCACCUGCCACCCAUGGAUGCGGAUGUGGUCUAUUAAUAAAUAUAAAAUUGGCAAUCUAGUGUCCACUCAGUGUCCCCACCCCAGCCUCAACCAAUGGGCGGUGGGUAGGGAUAGUAAUUAAAUACAGAAAGAGGGUAGAUAUACUAAUAUCCUCCACCUAAAUUUUGGUCAGGUUAUGACUAGGGGUCCCCAGCGCUAAUACACUGCUGGUUUAUUUUUGCAAAUUGGGGUAUUUAAAAAUAAAUAAAUGAUUGUAUGGAUUAGGCAGUGAGUGUGUAUGCAUUAGGCAGUGUUGAAUGUAUUAGGCAUGGAGCAUCUGGCAGAGAAGGUAGCCUGGUGCUUGAGGUCUACUAGCCAUCAGGGAAGGGGUGGACCUGGCUACAGUUAGGGAGGGUGGAGCAUCGUAAGUCCACCCUGUUUGUUUUAAUUAUAGUCUCCAUCCACCACCUAUAAGUGAGGACUAUUGGGUGACAAUAGGUCUCCCUGUUUAUUUAAUUAGUAGCCUUCAGCUCCAUAUCAUAGGUGGAGACUGGGAAACACUGGGAUGUCCUUUGCUUUAGUAAUCUCCACUAGCUGCCCACCCUCAAUUAUUGCAUUUUAAGCCCCCACCCAAUGCCAAUUGAUGGGGUCACAUGGGGGGGACCUGUUGCAGGUACUCCCUAUAUUUCACUAGUAUCUAGGCAGCAAUAGCUGACCAUGUGUUAGUUUUCUAUUACAUUAAGUAGCUUCUCGCUGCUCACUGUUUAGUAAACAUGCCACCACACACAGCAUGGUCAAUGGGGGCAUAAACCUUACUUGCAGUAAUAUGGGGGUCAUACUGAUCCAUAUAGGCUUUAAGAAAACUAAUGGCAGAAUGAUUUUCGAGCAGCUAACCCGCUUUUUGAGUUUAGCUGCUUGAUUGUCAGCUGGCAUUAAAUCCAGCCAAAAUUUUAUUAGAAAAAAAUGGCCCAAAAAAGUUAAUAAUUGUUGACUGUUUUUAGCUUAUGGAAUUAAAUUGAGGUCUGUAUCUAUAAAGUUAUGGCAGCUAUCAUAAUUUGUGGAACCCCUAACAAAACCAUUGAGUAGGAUUUGGCUUGCUGAGCUUCAUGGUAAAUGUAGCCCUCAAACAAUAGAUGCAGGUACUCGUGGACUGAAUUUCCCUUAAUGCACAGCAAUCCUAAAACCACCCCACAUUCUCCCUCCCACAUGUGCAUGUUUUUCUUUGUCUUUCCCAAUCUCUACCUGUGUGUAUCUUUGGAGAUUCAUCAGCAGAAGGUUCAUUUUAGUAACUUGUAUUGCAAGGCUGCUCCGGUUUAGAUUUGAGCACUCUCACAGUUAGAAUUGCCCCUACAUAAUCUGGUGUUAGUGACAGAAAACUGGCUAAUAAUUUGAGCCUUUAAAGGUUUUAGCAUAAUUGGAUUUAUAGAUAUAACAGUCCUCUGGAAGGAAUUUCUUGAUCUCAAUGACAGAAAAUAUAUUCCUUUAUCCAUUCCUGAGAGUAGUCUGCAAGAAUAUCCUAUGGAUUUUAAGUGCUUAAAGAGAAGUGUUUGAGAGGCAGAGUGUGAUGACCAUAAUGGCCUUGUAGAUGAUAGUAACAGGGAGCAAAGAUGAAAAAACUAAUUGCACACACUAUCAUGAUUUUCAAACUUCACUCCUCUCAUAUUUGGGGACUUUAACUUCCACAUUAGCAAUCUUGUUACUUGCAACUCUUGCUAAACCAAAAUUAUUUAAGGAUACAGAAUCUGGGCUAUUCUGCUAAUUUCCUGUUAUGGACCUUUUUGUCACAAGACCUAAAUCUCAUCACUUUUUUAGCUACUCUCAAAGACUUCCCAAUACCUUAUUAUACCGACAUGUUAACUCACUUCAUUAUCAUUGGUAUUAUUAAAAUCUGCAAUCUAAUUCUGCCCCUUCAACACCCUCACUCUGAUUUUUUUUUUCUUCUGAAUUUAUUUGUGAGUGAGUAUUUGUGGCUAGAGACUAGAGACCUCCUAGACCAACAUUAUUGUUACUCUAAAUGUCAUUCAGAGGCCCCAACCCAAUAAGAUACACCCUUUCCUGUAUUUAUUGAGCUCCACCACCACAUAUGGGUUGGAGCAAGAAUGGCAAUUAUUUGCAAUGCCUCCUGGGACCCAUGGGCAUCUUUUAUUAAAAUCCCUCACACACCAUGCAUCAGGUGGUGAUGCACGACCUUGUAUUGCCCAUUGCUAUGGCUGCAAACAGAAGCAAUGUUAACUCACCAUUUCCACCAACCUUUAUCUGACAUUGAUCAAAUUCAGCACUUGUGCCAGCAACAAAAUAUAUGUUAGAAGUUCUAAAAUAUAUUGAAAAUUAUAUUAAAAAGUAGCUUUUUUCUGAUUUCCAAAUAUCUUAUUUUCUCCUUCCUUUCUGCAAAUCAGAUCAGUUUAUCAUUUCUUGUUAGCUUCCCAAUUGUCAAAUAAUACACACUCAUAUAUCCUUUGGAAUGAAUUUGUACUAAAUGUCUAAUUACAUAUUGUUCUCAGUGCAACCCCUUACUUACGAGCAAGUGCUGAACUUUGUAAAGCUCUACAAGACAUAUGUAAUAACUAAAGGGAAAUAAAGAUCUGUAAGAAAAUGUAAACUCUUAUCAAUGCUCAUAUUUUAUAGGGCUCACAAUUUCUUAAAAUCUGAACCAGUCACUGAUAGUUAAGAUUAAAGGUGAAAAACUUUACAGCAUAGAGACGCAUUAGUACCUUUUACAAGAAAGUAUUUACUAUCCAUAUAAACAAUGAUAAACUCAAGGUUUGUCAUAAAAGACAUUGUCCCGAAGUUCAAUUGCUACAAAGGUUGAAACACUGAUUUGUCGAUGACGAGCAUGUGAUGGUGGAGAACAAAUAGUUAGGUACUCAAAAAAGGCCUCCACUGGACAAUCAAGGUUGGGUUUGUGUUUAUGCGUGUAUGUGGUACAUGAAAGUUAGGUACCAAUUAAAUACAUUGUUAAUGUUUACCAAAUUUUGUUCCCUCCCCAAAAAGUUGAUCCUUUUGAUAAUAUAUCCGCUGCUUAUUUAACUAAGCUGUCCCUUCAGAAUGAAGAACAAAUACAAACAGUAGGAAUUCUUUAAUUCUGUCCUCUUGUCUCAAUGACACAUUCUUUCACUGAAUAGUCCUCAAUAAAUGCACCAAGGAAGGAAAGAACAGUGUGCCAAUUGCUUUUCUUCCACUGAUUGAUUAAAAGAAUUGGCAUACAGUAGAUGUGGGGCCUAUAUUUGAAAAGGGGUAAAAACUGUACUCCGAAAUUACAGAUUUGGGAUUAAUAUUCAAGCACUCGUUUUGAACAAUACUGUCAUUACAAAUAAUUAAACUGAUUUUACAGCAGAUCUUGUAAAACUGACUUAAUAGAUCAAUGUGCAGCAGAAGAUUUUGCAAAAAUGUUUGAUAGUUACUGAAAAGUCAUGUUCUUGGUCUGAAAAUUGCCUUGAGGAUAGCAGAGUGCAGGGCGCAAAUAGUAGUUUUAAUGGCAUUUUUUUUAGUUGGGCAAAAGUGGUGAGUGGAGUAGCUCAGGGUUGGUCUUAAUUUCUCCUUAACCUCUUCAUUAGUGAUCUUGCAAUGAAGAAGCCACGUGAAAGUAUUUGCACAUUAUACAAGCUAAGCUAAUUCAGCCUGUGCAGUAUAUUAAACCUCUAUAAGGGAAUUUGGGUAAAUUAGGAGACCGAGACAUCAAGUGGAAGAUGAUUGCAUUACAUGAUGUAAUUCAGAUAUUUCAAUAACCAGAAUGUAGACAGCACUAAAUAUUAUAUGACAUGUAGCACAAAAUAAAUAAGUGAAAGUGACAAAUCCAGCUGCAGUCCCCCAAAGAAGUGAAAUAAAGUCCACAACCAACAAAAUGGCGUUGCACUUAAGGUUAUUAAAAAAUAAUUAAUGGUAAUACUUCACUAUAUGUAAUAUUUGUAUGAUAUUACACAAAUAUCUAGCUUAGAGUGGUUGUUUUAUCAGAGAAUCGCAGCUAACAUGCAGGGUAUAGACAGGUUAUUCAUUUGAGAAGUCUAAUUGACAUUGUAAUUGACACUUAAUUUUUGCUGCAGCAAUUCUAACAGGUUCAAAUUGGGUUUAUGUAAUGGAACAGGAUAAACUGCUAGCCAGCUUUGGAUAGAGACCUGUCUCGCUACAUCAUCUGUUUGUUUUCCAGUGGCAUCAGAGACCACCACCACAAUUCUUCAGGAUAAGGUCUUGUCUCUGCAAACUAAAUAGGCAGAUAUCACCUCUUCUGACCGCUUCUUCUUAAAGGAAAGAAUCAUUUCCCCUGAGUGUUCCUAAACACCGUCUUAACAAAGAUGUGUUUGGCUCACUGGUCCUAAGACUGUCAACAUGCCAAAUCGCAUAAACAACAUUGAAAGAUAAUAAAAAAAAUUCCCAAUACACUCCACUAAUAGGGAGAGCAAAAGGAAUGAGCUUAAUGAGGAAAAGUGCCAAGUUUAGCCCCUCUGCCCUUGUGUGCCUUUUUUUGCUCCAUCCCUUCCUGUGCCCUUGUUUGGCCAUUUUCUUUUCCCUCUUUAGCCCUCCUACCCUUCUAUUCCCUCUUUAGCCCUUCUACACUUCUGUGCCCUUAUUUCCCUCCUCCUCUCCUUUGCCCCUCUUUGUCCCCCCUCUUGUGCUCUCGUUAUCCCCCCUUCCAUCCUAUGCCCCUAUGUCCUUCCUCCUGUACUCUCUAUAGCCUUUCUCCCUCUGCCCUUCUUUGUCCGUUAUGGUUGUCACCCCCUGAUGGCGGUCCUGGGCCUAGUAAGGCUUGUUCAGCUCGUGGCCAUGUGGACUGAAUCCGGCGUGGGGAGGUGUGUUUUACUUUCACUGGCUUCAGUGCUGGCUUCGGAGAGCAGCUGAACGUGUUUGAGGGUGUUGGAGUCUUGCAGUGGAGGGGAGCUGCCUUCCGUUUCUUGUGCCAAGUGGUGUUACGUGCUGACGGGAGAGGUCGCAUCCGUCGGCGCCAUCUUGUGGCUUUCAUCAUUUGAGGGACUGCGUGUCUUUGGUGGGGGCUCAUCCAGCUGCUGGAGAAUAUCGGGUCUUUCUGCACGCCUCUGGGGAGUGCACACGUUGUCCGCCAUAGUGCAGGCCUCCGCUUCUGCAUACCGCUCCCGCGGCUGUUGUAGCCGGGCUGUCUCCCUGUGGUGGACCGGGAUCACCGGGACCGGUGGGGGGGAGGGGAAGAAAGAUUGGUAUCGGUGUCUCCGCUUUGCAGACGUGAGGGCAAGGAGAGCGGCCACCUCUCCUCGGCUCCAGCACUUGCAGGCCGCGGUGUGGCACCUCGGGCUUGUGGUAGUAGGAGGCUCUCAUUGAGGUAUCAAGAGGUUCCCAAGGGUGCCCCUAGUUUGGGUAGCGAUCCCCGGCAUGUCUCCUGGCAUUAUGCUGGUGAGUAUGUCCAAAUAAUCAGUUUUGGUAUUAGGAGCCCUGCGGCAGCUCAGCUAGCGGUUCAGACAGCACCCCCCUAAAGCUUACAGUUUUUAAUAGUUUGUUGUUUAAAAAAAACAAACACCUAAUCUAGGUAAAAAUGGGGGUUUGGUUACAGCAUAUGAUCAUACAUUGCAUAAGCCUGCCACAACAUUAAUCUACCCCAUCUUUGGCAGGUCCUACUCUAACAGCCUAAGGUCUUCUCCCACUUACUUGGGAAAAAACUUCCACCUGGGGCUCUCUGCAGUAAAGGGCUAAAAAGGUCCCUGGAAUGAGGCACCUGUUAUAGGAGGGAUGCAAAACCAUGGAGUUGAUUAUAAUAAAUGAUAAGAGCUGCAAAGGCAAUGACUGUCAGAAAAUUUUGCUGUUGCAUUUUUUUUGUCUUUGGCAUAAACAGAAACUUGAUUAAAUUUGAUGGACUCUUUCAACCUAUUUAACUUGAUCAAUAUGUAACAGUAUUCACUGGGUGCAAAUACUCUUGUUCUUUUAAAAAAAAAUUAUGUUGUAUUGGUAAUUAUAAAAUUAGUAAAUACAAAUAUCAUAAAUUGUGACAUUCAUGUACAGUCAUCUGUGGCAACAUGCAUAGAGACAAUCGGUUGGUUUGGUAGAUAAUCUAUUUGAUAAUUAUACAGAUGGUAUUUGCUCCACAACAAAAUUAAACAUAUCUAACCAGUAAGACAUAUGAGUGAAUGGGAAGGAGAAAAUGUGCAAAGAAUGGCAUACUGUGUAAUGGGGAGGGGAGAGGGGGUAAUGUUCGACCGAGAAGGGGGAAAUGGUGGUGGGUUAUGUUACGUUAGGUCGUUCAGAUUCUGAUACAAAGGGGAGAAUAAACUUACAUAGAGGUUAAUGUACAAUUCCCUAAUCUUUAGUCUACACUGAAGACACUAUCCAUCGGGCCCAGAUCAUAGUAUUGGUCAGGAUUCGCCCCAAAGUUCGUCCAUUGUUCUCAGUUCUUCCAUUUCUAUGAACCAGAACCUUAACGGUGAGGAUACUGGUUGCUUCCAAGUUCCAAAAUAAGGACGCAAUAUGCUUAGCUACAUUUAGAGUCUGCAUAGUUAGGAACUUUUUACAUGAUGAUACAUGAGAUAUGUUUCCUUUGAUGUGACUGCAUGAGAUGCCAGUUAAUCUUCUACAAGAAUAUUAAUGUUUUGGCAUUACACGUACACGUUCUAACAGGGUGACACCAUGGGAUCUACUAGACGUAUUUGUAUAGCUCUACAAAAAUGGAAGACUCGUAAAUUUUAGCAAUGAUCAGCAAGAAAUUUAGUGUAAAAAUACAGGAGAUUAUUUAACGUUUUUGUGAGAGAUGUGUAGCAAAGUUGCAAUAUCAUACUAAAUCUUAGAUCAUUACACACAUUACGUUUGUGUUACUGUGUACAGCCCACACUUAAUUGAUACAUCUCCCCUAAGGGCUGUAUACAUAUUUUCCAUUACUUUCUUUCUUUUUUACCAGGUUUUCCCAGUAAUUACCCUAUUGAUUAUUCUAAAACAAUGUACUGUGACCGACGAGAAUACCCCUUGCCUGAUGUACCAUUUUUAACUGAACUGACCAAAGAACAGAACGCUCUGAAAGAAAAAGAAAAUGGACCCUGGAACCAGCUUACCAAAGAAGAAAAACUAGCUUGUAAGUAAUUCAUAUCCUAGAUCCUGAUUUUCUACGCAAUGUUCUAAAACUAAAUAAUAGAACUAAUAUAAAUAUUUCUAAUGCUUUAGGAACUUCUUUCACUUAAACUGAUUUUGAAUCUUCAAUGAUAUACCUUUAAAAAUUAAAUUACAAAUAUAUAGUGCAGACCAACAAAAAAAAUGGAAAUGAGAAAUUUAAACAGAAUGUCAUAAAAAAUUAGAUGAAGACCCGUUAAUAGAAAUGAAUAGAUCCCUAUAUGAUUUAUUAGAUAGAGGGAAAUAUGCUGGGAUUUUAAAUUGUAAUGGAUAGAACUUCUAAAUGUUAAAUAUCCAAGAAAACCCACAUUUUAUAUUCUUUCAAAAGUCCAUAAGAACCUGACUAAGCCCCCAGGAUAUUCUAUAAUAUCUAGGAUAAAUUACAUUCCUGCAAACAUAUCUUAUUAUGUUGAUACUUAUUUUUACACUCUUUCUGCACAAAUCGUAUCUUAAUUAAACAGGGGAUGUUUUAAGGAUGUUAGAAAAAAAGCAUGCAACGAUCAUUAUUUUUAGUCUCCUGUGAUGUAUCUUCUUCAUAUAAAUAUAUAGGCACAUGAUAAAGGCUACAUGGCUGUAAGAUAUUUUUUUACAAAAUUUGUAAAAUAUGAAAGAAAAUAAAAACAGAUUUUCUUAUGGGUUGGUCUGUAUUAAUACAUUGGUGUGCAAUAUUAUACAAUGUCACUGUUUUUGUAGCACCUGUAUAUAUCAAAAAGAAUACAAAGUUAAUAUAAAUGACAUGACAACAUAUAAUAUGUAUCAACAGAUAAUGAUAAGUGCAAACAGUGUAUAUUCUGCAGCCACUUAAAAAAAUAUUUCUCCCAAGUACCAUAAACCAUGGUACACUCCCAUCAUGAGAAUAUACAACAGUGGUCAAUUUCUAUGUCCUUUAUAUAUAUUCUUUCACAAUUUUAGCACAUAAUGUUGGUUGAUUUUACCAGUGCUACUUUCUGUGUUAUUGCACCUGCAUAUAUCAUGUGGAUAUUUUAAUUUGUAUUAUCCUUACACGUGUAGGGAAUCUGUGAUGGCCUUUCAUUUAUGAAAUGCUGGGCAGCCAUUGAUAUUGAGUACUCUUUCAUGUUGCUAUCCCUUUCUGCAGUAUAUCGGAUGAACUUCUGCCAGUCCUAUAAAGAGAUGAAUGCAGGAUCAGGAUCAGAGUGGAAAACCAUCGUGGGCGGCGUGAUGUACUUCUUGGCUUUUAGUGGAUUAUAUCUCUGGUGGCACCGUACAUACGGUUAGUUGACAUAAGUUUAAUUUAUUUACUGGAACACAGAAACAUAAAAUAUUCAUUUGUGAAAAAGUAUAAAAAAGUAUUGAAUAAAAUAUCAGUAAAAAAGUGAACACCGAGGGUCAGAUUUAUCAAAGUCUUCUAUUCUAAAAAGAUCUAAAGUAUUAAAAUUGGGGUAAUUACCAUGGAAACCAGUGAAAACAGCAGGCAUAUUCAAUUGGUGAUGGCUCAUCUUCUACAUUUUUGUGUUACUUUGUGGAACAGAACACUUUGAUCAAUCUUCCCUGAGUAUCUAUUCUAAAGUAUGUGGAUAGACUUUACUCCAACAUAUAUUAAAGUGUUGUACAGUUGGGCCAACUACAGUACAAUGUUCAGGACCCCCUUCACUCCCAGAAUAAGUAGUCAGACCAUUUUAUAAUGGUUUGACUUCUUACCCAGGGGCCAUUAUGUGUCCCUCCCUGCCUCCACAGUAGCCUGGUUAUGAAGGCUUAACUCAUUCACUGAGAAUAAUCAGCUGACACGCAACCAACACGCUAAUCCUACACUGCAGGGUUCAGCUCACUAGAGCAAAUAGUGGGUUCUAGUAGUGUUCUCAGUGUUGUCAUUGGACCACAGAUACAAAGUCAAACCAUUUUUAAAAAAAGGUUUGACUACUUAUAUUGGAUGGGGUGCCAGUACAUAUCAGUUUGCCUGAGUAAGUACAGCAUUGUGGGAAAUACGUCUCCAAACAUAGCCAUAGAUUACUCUAAGCACCAAAAUCACAUCUUCAUUUAUUAGUUUUGGUGCGCAGAUAAUGUCCCUUUAUUUGGACAAUGUAAAACAUUCUGUCUUUCUGAGAAACAAUACUGUUUACAUUUGGCUGACAGGCACACUUCUUCCUUGUAAGAAACAUAGUUUUUGGUUAAAGUAAUCCUUGCUAUACUAUACUCCUCCCCUGCCCCCAUCCCGCCUCCUCCUCCACCAAACAAGAAAAGCAAAAACUCAUCUCGGUUCCAACAUCUAAGCCAUGUUCUCCCUCAGUCCGGUCCUCUUCGACUGACAUCACUCCCCUGUGCUGUAAAAAGACUCCAAACAUGUACAGAAUAUUGACAUCAGCAAGCCCAGAACUCUUGUUCUGUGCUAGCUAAUGAUGCCCAAAUGAUGCUGCAAGAGGUGGAGUUACAUCUCUGGCAGAAGAUGACUUAACUAGGGACUAGGUUUUGUGGGAGCUUACAAUCUACAUAGACAGGAGGGGUGAGUAGCAGGAGGUUCGGACUUCACGGGUGAGAAUGGUGUUAAUUUAGAAUCCAUACUUGUGGAAGCUCAGAGGCAAAUGUUCUUAAAUGGAACACUAUGUCACACAGUCCUAUUCUGCUCUUAUUAACCAAUACAUGAUAACAGUUAUAAUUGAAACAUAUUGAUACAAAGUGAUUCUAGUAUAUCUCUUAAUGCCAUGAUUUGACAAAGGGUAUGUUAAGAGAAUAGAACAUUUGGAUUGUUUUAAUCUACCCAUGAUUCAGAGUCUCUAAAUAUACAUACAGUAGACUAAAUUAAAAUCUCAUAUUCAAUAUUUAUCAACACGAUAACAUCUCCUGAUAAGCUGUUAAUGAUAAUAAAAGAUCAGAAUCCCUCUGUUCUAAUAUAUUGUGACAUCAAUUUUACCAUUAUUGGGUCGAUGAAAAUGGAUCCUACACAUUAUGUUAAGCACUCAAGCUGAUGACUUAUUGUCACUUUAAUGGGACCAUUGGACACAGUGAAAUCGCUCAUAAACUGAAUUGAAAACACUCUGAUAACAAAUAAGCAUUACCCCAUAAUACUUCUAUAUGUUAGUGCAUGGAAGAACGAACCUCAAACAUCUCCUGUGAUUUGAUAAUAUAUGCAAACAAUGAUAGGCAAUGUUAGGCAACACAAUCCACGAAAAAAAGAAAUAUAACAAACUGGAAAAGGUUGUUAAAUUUGUUUUAACCCGUAUUGUGUUUUCCCACAUUCAUUAUUGUUUGCCUUUUUUGUGGUGUCAUUGUGAGGUACACCAAGGAUGUCACUUUUUUACUUGUAUUGUAUUUUGUCUCACAUAUUCGUGUUUAUAUAUUAUGUCUCUCUAAUGUUAGGCAACCAUUUCUUUUUAGCUGAUGACAUAAAUACAUAAGUGCACAACAGACUAGUGCACAAAUCCUGUUCAGCUGCACUGAACAAAUCAAAUUGAGCAUUCACAGUUUGCUGAACAAAGCGAUUAGUUUGUCCAGAAAUUAACAAGCAUUUGAUUCGUUCAACACAGCUGAAUAGGAUUGUGUACCAGUCUAGUGUGCAAUAUCGGAAAAACCACAUUACAGAAACACACAUACACUGCAAUGCCUCUAUGGAACCUAAUGGCAUGUGUCCUCUGUUAGCAUCAUCAAUGCACUUGUCUCUCCAUAACCUUCAAGCUGUGAUGUCAUUGAAAGCCCUGCAAAGGCACCCAUUUUAUUUUACUCAUUAAACUCACAAUAUCAGCCUACUGAACACAGCAUCACAAGAUUAAAGGGAUACUAUAGGCACCCAGAUCACUUCAUCUCACGACAUGGUCUCAGCGCAGGAUCCCUUUCCCUUUAACCCUGCAAUGUAAAACAUUUCAGUUUUAGAGAAACUGCAAUGUUCUCAUUGCAGGGUUAAGACUUCCUCUAGUGGCUGUCUCCCAGACAUUCACUAGAGGCGCAUCCUGCAGUUUCACGGAGUUUAACUCCAUGAAACGAUACUGGAUGUCCUCAUGCACAGUGUCCAGCAUCUUGCAAAUCGCUAUAGGAAAGCAUUGAUUCAAUGCUUUUCUUUGAGAAAGGCCUAAUGUGUGUGCGGUGUUUACCAUUCAUAUGCAUUAGGUUACCCCUUGCGCUGACGGCAGAGGAGGCGAUGACAGAGGAAACAGGUAAAUGGUUAAAGGGUUUUUAAUCCUUUCAUUGCACUAGGGGUGGGAGGCUGCGGGAGCAGAGUGACACGGUAGUGUUAGGAAUAUAGCUUUGUAUUCCUUAACCACUAAAUUCUGAGUUAUGGUACACUGAUAUCAAUAAGAUGGUUUGUGAAUUUUGUAGUAUGAGUAUUUUGAUAACUAUCAUGUGAUCUGGCUGAAAGUCAUAAAAAGAUAUUAAUCAAUUAGCAAUGCCAAAUUUUAAUGUACCCCAGUGUAUUUCCAGGAAAGUUUACACAGCCCCAUCUCUUCCAAGACAACACUAGGGUUCUUUUCACUAAAAGUUAAACUCAUCAUCAACACCAAGUGAGCUCAGUUCAGUUGAAUCCCAAGAAGAGUGAAAAUAUGUCAUCCAGGAUGAGAAUUUAAUCAUUGGCAUUGUUAGUCAGUGCAGGGAGAUGUGAGUCCUAUUUUAUCAUAUCUGCUUAUAGAUUGCAGUUGGUCAUUUCUUACAAUACCAGCCUGCUAAGUUCUAUGUCACACUCCUGUGAAUAGUUAGCACAAGGACAUGGCUAACUCUGACCACUGUGAUGUCAAACAAUCGUGAUGUAUUUCUUCUGUGACAGCUGGGGCCAUUCAGUGAAUCUGCAACAGUGUGGGAACUCAGUUCAUGUAAAACUGGCUUUAACCCUUUCACUACAUAAGCUACACUGUUGUUAUUAUUAUUACUGCCGUUUAUAUAGCGCCAACAGAUUCCGUAGCGCUUUACAAUAUUAUGAGAGGGGCAUUUAACUAUAAAUAGGACAAUUACAAGAAAACUUACAGGAACGAUAGGUUGAAGAGGACCCUGCUCAAACGAGCUUACGGUCAAUUGUUUGUUGUUGUUUUUUCCUAGAAAACAAAAUGUAGCAAAAGUAAAACUCAAAACAAACCUAUUCUAGAACUUGUGUAUGUCACUUUAAGAAGAGUAGUGUUAUAUUUUUUCUUAGUUUGACCUGUCUAUUUUAGCUAUAGAUCACUCAAAUGUAUUAUUAAGUAUGAACAGCAGAUGGCAUCAGAGGUUGCGAAUUGAAAUGAUACACAGCAGACAUUCUGAACAUAUUAAAACAUUAUUUAUUUUAUAAGAGAUGUAUAAUAUACUGUUCGCACUCAUUUCAAAGUGUCCGCUAGAACUUGGUCCAUACAAGCUGCAGAACAAGAUCUCUAAACAUGACAUUCACAUUUCCCCCUUCCUGUUAUUAAGAGGUUUAUUCACUGAAUGAUGGAUUAAAAUUGAAUUGUAAAUGUUAGAUAAAUAUCGGCAAACGGGUACUGUAACCUUGUAGUUGAGGCUAUGGCACCCAUCACUGUUGCCCCCAGACUUCCUUCCUUUGUGCCUCUGCAGUGUGAGGAAGCUUUAACCGAGCAGCCGUUAUCGUUCUCAGCCUAUCACUGGCUUCCCAUUCAGAGAAACAGUACAUAUUAUUUCUCUCAGUUGGAGGCUACUGAUAGGAAGUGCAUUGGACAUUUAAAAUUGGAUACACACUUAUGUAAAAAAAUAAAUAAAUAUAUAUAUAUAUAUAUAUAUAUAUAUAUGCACACGUUGAUAAGCUACAACCUGCCUGACAUUGGGUAGCCCCCCACUCGUGCUGCCAAAACAGCCAUGAUGCGUUGAGUGUUGACUUCACAAAACAUCUGAACAUGUCAUGUUGGCUCUAUCUAGAACCAGUUCAUAGCAGCAGAUUCAUUAAGUCCUGGAGGUUACGAGGUGGGGCUAGCAUGGAUCAGAACCGUGGUUUCCUAGCAGAACAUUGCCCAGAGCAUAACACUGCCUCCACUGGCCUGUCUUCUUUCUAUAGUGCAUCCUGCUGCCAUCUCUUUCUCAGGUAAAUGUACAUGUGUGCACAUGCACCCGCCCAUCCACCUGAUUUAAAAGUAAAUGCGAUUAAUCAGACCAGGUAACCUUCCUCCCUUGCUCCAUGGUCCACUUCGGACGCUGUUGUCUCCAUUGAUGGCACUUUUUGCGGUGGACAGGGUCAUCAUGGGCACUCUGACCGAUCUGCAGCUAUGCAACCCCAUGUUUAAACACAUUUCUAUCAUUCCAGCAUUAUGUUUUUCAGCAAUUUGAGCUACAGUAGCUCUUCUGUGUGAAUGGACCAGACGGACUAGCCUUCACUCUCCACGUGCAUCACUUACCCUGACUCCGGUUCAUCUGUUGUCCUUCCUUACAACACUUUUAGUAGAACUAGCCACUACAUAACAGAAACAACCCACAAGACUUGCUUCUUUGGAGAUGCUCUGACCCAGUUGUCUAGCCAUCACUAUUUGGCCUUUGUCAAAGUAACGGAGAUCUUUUCACCUGCCAAUUUUUCCUGCUUCCAACAAAUUAAAUUCAAGAACUGACUGUUCACUCGCUGCCUAAUAUAUCCUACACUUGACAGUUGCAAUAUAUACGUUUUUUAUUGUUAUUUUGAUAUGAAUGCACAUUACUGUUAGGGUUAUUGACUAAACUCCAAACUGUAGCAAAUUGCCAAUUUGCCAAUUUAAAGGGACACUACAGGCAUCAAAUUAACUUUAGUUUAAAGGAACACUAUAUUGUUAGGAAUACAAAGCUGUCUUUCUUCUUCCUGUCCCUUGCGGCCCCUCCCUGGUGGCAAAUAAAAGGUUAAUAAUCCUUUUUUCACUUAUCUGAUUUUAGUGCCAAUGUCCCUUGGGCUCCUCUCUGACAUCAGCUGAUGGGGGAACCUAAUGCAUGGCUAGUGCAGCAUUUUUCACUCACAGACACAUUUACAGACUCUCAGCACCUGCUGGCCAACACCGUUACUAAAGAUUGUGGAGGAAAAGCAUUACAGUUAUCCUGGAACUGCAGUCUGUACCCUUCACAGGUGAUACCUUGUCCCUUCUCUCUUCUUCACACAUGAGGUUUUGAUGUUGAGAUAUGUCAUCGUAAUAUAGGUUCUGGCAGCCUUCAGCUCUGUCCUUUGAGAAGAAAUGAUGGGAUCAGGGCCCAAACUCAUGAAGGGAACUCACACAUUUAUUUAGCACAAUGGCAGAUUAAAAACAUAUAUAGAACAUACAUAACAUAGUAUAUAUAGUUCAUUUAACCACCCUGCAUAUGAUUAGUAUGUGAUUGUGUGAUUAAUGUAUAGUGCACACAACUAUUACUAUGAGCAUUAUUACUGUGGAGCUCUAUGAUACAAUCAUAUACACUGCAAUUUACUAAGAGUUUUAUUGCUGUGGAACUUGUAUGGCACAACACUGAGGGUUUUGUAUCUGGGGAUCCAGUAAUAUAUUCAGAACUACUGCCGGUGAAGCUGGUGCAGCCACACCUGGGCCUGCACUUUGAGGUAGUCCAUCGGGUGGCCCAUGCACUUAAGGCCACUGGACAGGUAUUGUUGAACAGGGGCCCGAUAAGGUGUCGCAGCUCUUCAACAGCACAACCAGAAGAGUAGCAACUCAGCCGUGAAGUGGAAGACUAUGUAAGUUAAAGAGAUGGAUCACCAAGUGCUGAGGCACAUGGUGCAUAAAAGUCACCAACGCUCUGCUGGUUACAUAGCUGAAGAGUUAUAAACUUCCAUUGGCAUUAAUAUCAGCACAAAAACUGUGCGGCGGGAGCUUCAUGCUAUGGGUUUCCAUGACCAAGCAGCUGCAUGCAAGUCUCACAUCACCAAAUACAAAGCCAAGCAUCUGAUCCAGUGGUGUAAAGCACGCUGCCAGUGGACUCUGCAGUGGAAAUGUGAUCUGUGUAGUGACAAAUCACACUUCUCUGUUUGGCAGUCUGAUGUGCGAGUCAUGGUUUGGCAGAUACCAGGAGAACAUAACCUACCUGACUGCAUUGUGCCAAAUGUAAAGUGUGGUGUAAUAGGGAUAAUGGUAUGGGGCGGUUUUUCAGUGGUUGGACUAGGCUUCUUCCAGUGAAGGGAAAUUUUAAUCCUUCCGCACGCCAAGACAUGUUGGACAAUGCUAUGCUUCCACUUUGUGAUCACAGUUUGGGGUAAGCCAUUUUUCAUUCCACCAUGACCCAAAGCAUAACCGUAAACACAUGAUUGAAUGAUUGUUAUGUGGAAGAACGUGAUUGGCCUCAACACCUUUGUGAUUAACUGGAACAAAGAUUGCAAACCAGGCCUUCUCGUCCAACAUCAGUGCCUGACGUCACAAAUGCUCCACUGGAUGAAUAGAAAGUCUUACAAAAACACUCUAAAAUCUUGUGGAAAGCCUUCCCAGAAGAGUGGAAGCUGUUAUAACUGCAAAGAUGGGACCAACGCAAUGUCAGAAAAGUCCCUAUUGGUGUAAUGGUCAGGUGUCCCAAUACAUUUGUCUAUAUAGUGUAUGUGUCGCCUUUUCACCUUAUAAAAGAGUUAGACGACAGAUCUGUAUAAGGUCAGAUCUCUUCCAGAUGGUGGCAGCAAACACUUGUUGUUGUGCGAUGACCCUUGCUUACAUUUUGAUGCCAUUUUAUUUCAGUAGGCAGAAUUAAAGAUGCUGUGAUGCAGGCAGAAACAAGUCAGAAAAGGCCAUCAAAAGGCCAUACUGUUCAUUUUCAUAGCAUUUAUGUGUUGAAGAGGACCAAAGCAGUGACUGGUUGACAUAAGGGCAGGACAUAACAUACACUUUCAGAAUAGUUUUUAUUGUAAAUCUGAUCCUUGACAUUGAUAAUCAGUGCAGCAAGGCCUGUAGUCUAUAACUGGUAUGAAAUCAUUUUCCACAGCAACUCACCUUCAAUAUGUUUAAGGACAAUAUUUUAAAAAAGUGUGGGGAAAAAAGUAUUUGAUCCCCUGCUGAUUUUAAACGUUUGUUCACUGACAAAGAAAUGAUCAGUCUAUUAUUUUAAUGGUAGGUGUAUUUUAACAGUGAUAGAAAGAAUAGCACAACUCCCCCCUCCCCCCUCCCGAAAAAUGCAUGCCAAAAAAGUUAUAAAUUGAUUUGCAUGUCAAUGAGUGAAAUAAGUAUUUGAUCCCCUAUCAAUCAGCAAGAUUUCUGGUUUCCAGGUGUCUUUUAUACAGGUAAUGUAGUCUCUUAAAGGGAGUGCUCCUAAUCUCAGCUCGUUACCUGUAUAAAAGACACCUGUCCACGGAAGCAAUCAAUCAAUCAGAUUCCAAACUCUCCACCAUGGCCAAGACCAAAGAGCUGUACAAGGAGAAGGUGACAACAGUUGGUGUGAUUAUUCGCAAAUGGAAGAAACACAAAAUAACUGUCAGACUGCUCGGUCUGGUGCUCCAUUCAAGAUCUCACUUUGUGAAGUUUCAAUGAUCAUGAGAACAGUGAGGAAUCAGCCCAGAACUGUACGGGAGGAUCUUGUUAAUGAUCUCAAGGCAGCUGGGACCAUAGUCACCAAGAAAACAAUUUUUAACAUACUAACCCAUAAAGGUCUGAUAUCCUGCAGCACCUGCAAGGUUCUCCUGCUCAAGAAAGCACAUGUACAGGCCAUCUAAAGUUUGCCAAUGAACAUCUGAAUGAUUCAGAGGAGAACUAGGUGAAAGUGUUGUGGUCAGAUGAGACCAAAAUCAAGCUCUUUGGUAUCAACCCAACUCGCCAUGUUUGGAGGAGGGGGAAUGCUGCCUAUGACCCUAAUAACACCAUUCCCACCAUCAAACAUGGAGGUGGAAACAUUAUUCUUUGGUGGUGUUUUUCUGCGAAGGGGACAGAACAACUGCACCGUAUCAAAGCGACAAUGAACGGGCCAUGUACCGUCAAAUCUUGAGUGAGAACCUCCUUCCAUCAGUCAGGGCAUUUACAAUGGGUCGUGGAUGGGUAUUCCAGCAUGACAAUGACCCAAAACACACAGCCAAGGCAAUAAAGGAGUGGCUCAAGAAGAAGCAUAUUAAGGUCCUAGAGUGGCCUGGCCCGUCUCCUGACCUUAAUCCCAUAGAAAAUCUAUGGAGGGAGCUGAAGGUUAGAGUUGCCAAACAUCAGCUUCGAAACCUUAAUGACUUGGAGAGGAUCUGCAAAGAAGAGUGGGACAAAAUCUCUCCUGAGAUGUGUGCAAACCUGGUGGCCAACUACAAGAAACGUCUGACCUGUGAUUGUCAACAAGGGUUUUGCCACCAGGCACUAAGUCGAAGGGGUCAAAUCCUUUUUUCACUCAUUGAUAUGCAAAUCAAUUUAUAACUUUUUGACAUGCGUUUUUCUGGAUUUUGUUUGUUGUUAUUCUGUCUCUCACUGUUAAAAUACACGUAUCAUUAAAAUUACAGACUGAUCGUUUCUUUGUCAGCGGGUAAACGUUCAAAAUCACCAGGGGAUGAAGUACUUUUUUUCCCUCACUGUAUAAACGUGUGGCAAAUUAUUGGCACCCCUAGGCAUUUAUAUGAGAAAAAUAUACUUGAAGUAUACUCCCAUUGGUAUUUUACAUUUAUUUAUACAUCUGGGUGACUAGUAACAGGAAAUUGUUCAACCACUUCCUGUUUCACAGGGGUAUAAAUAUGAGGUAACAAAUUCCCUUAGUCAUUCAUCACAGUGGGUAAGACCAAGGAACAUAGCUGUGGUGAAGGAGGACCGGAGCAGAAACCUAUCCUGCAGUAGCUGGUGCGAGUGAGCAUAGCACAGUAGAGGGGGAAGUAUUGAAAGGGGAAGGAGAGAGAUGAGAGAUCUCGUCCCUGAUUGUAAAAAUAUCAGAGAAAUUAGUUGCAAAGUUUGUUGCGAGGAACUUAGAAGAAAUUAGGAGGAGGAGGAGCAGCAACAGGGAACAGAAGAGAGUUAAAAGUGUGAAAGAUGCGUUUGGGUUCACGGGAGAGCAUGGUUAUGAAUGUAUUGAAGUCGUUUUCUUUUGCAGAGUAAAGAGUCAAGCUGUAUGAGCAUGUCAUACAUUUAUAGUGGAGGACGUCAGACGCAGAAUGAGACUUUUUGGAGGUACUGAGUCAGGUUGGUGUGCCAAAGUUGCAAAUGGGGGCCCUUUUUACAUUUCAGUGAAAGAGGUGGCAUGAUAUCUAUUUGAGAGGAGAGGGUGGAGUUGUAGAGGGAGGUUGGAGAGUUAAGGCUGGUGAGGUUUGAGAUAGGCAAAAGGAUAGCUUGGAGAUUGGUGGAGAAUCGAUGUAGGUUAAAACCUUCACUUCUUGACCUACAGCGAUUUUUCCACAAACCUCCAACCUCCCUAUAUAUAUAUGGCUGGGGGCCAGGGGGAGGACAAUAGGCCCCCCCCCUCUUCUAAUUUAGGGCCCCCACCCACCGUUCAGGGGUGGGGGCCAGGGGGAGGACAAUAGGUCCCCCCUCUUAUUGGUAUUUAGGGCCCACACCUGCCGCUCAUGACAAUAGGUCCCCCCCCCUAUUUUACUUUAAGGGAGGGGACCCAGUUUUUUACAGUGAGUUUUUUUUUUACACUGUUUAGGGACAUAAUUUACUAAUACUAAGUAAUCCUUACUUAGUAUUAGUAAAUUUGUCUGAAAGACCAAUUUAGGUCUUUCAGCCAUUUAGUAGAUAGCUCCCUAAUACAGUGGGAAUUAGGGAGUUAUCUACUUAUUCAUUCCUGUCAUUCCUUUGACUGGCUAAGUACACUUUACAUGAAUGUGUGUUACUUGAUUGUUGUAAGUGUUGCAAAUGCUUACAGCUGAAUCCUGGAUAUGUUUGUAUACUUUUUAUUUAAACUUGUAUACAGUGUAACAUCCUUCAUUCUUCCAAUGGGUAGGUAUAUUAGUACUACGGCAAUACUGUGCUUUGGAAAUUUCAGAAAUUCAGCAAUUCGGCACUUCGGCAAUUCAGCUAUUCAGACAUUCGAAAGUAUCCGAAUGUCCGAAUUGCCCAAAAUACGGCAGAAUUAACAUUCGGAACGAAACAAAUUGCAGAUGUCUAGUCUGCAGCUCUGCACCCGGAGGAGCUGCAGACCGUAUAGGAAGGCCACUGGACCACCAGAAAAAAAAAGGUAUUUCUAACCCCCCUACAGUCACCCGCUGCCUCCCUCUGCCACUAGUCACCCCCUCACUCACUCUACCACCAGUCACCCCCUUACUCUGCAACCAGUCACUCCUUCCCUCUCACACUCUACCACCAGUCACCCCAUCCCUCACUCUACCACCAGUAACCCCUUCCCUCACUCUGCCACCAGUCACCCCCUCCCUCAUUCAGUCACCAGUGACCCCUCCCUUUGCCACCAGUUACACCCUCCCUCACUCUGUCACCAGCCACUCCCUCACACUGUCAUCCCCUCCCUCAGACUAUCACCUCCUCCCUCACUGUGUCACCUCCUCACUCUGCCACCAGAAACCCCCUCCUUCCCACACUCUGCCACCAGGCACCCCCUCACUUACUCUGCCACCAGUCACCCCCAUAUUCACUGUCACCAGUCACCCCCUCCCUCCCUCUGCCACCAGUUACCCCCUCCCUCAAUCUACCACCAGUCAUCCCCCCCCUUACACUAUGCAAACCGGUCACCCCUUCCCUCCCACACUCUGCAACCAGUCACCCCCUCCCUCCCACACUCUGUCACAAGUCACCCAGUACCUCCCUCACUCUGUCACCCCCUCCCUCCCUUUGGGAGAGCCUCUUUUUCUCAAGUUUAAAGCAUUUAUGAGCAAUAUCUGAGCAAUAUCCUGAACCGGCUUGUUUCUGACCUUGAAUAUUUCUGUUAUCCUGACUCGGCUUGUUAUUCCAUUUAUCUGCAUUUCUCUUUCUCUGACAUAGGCUAUUCAUCACUCUGUCUUAAGCUUUAUUAACGUUUAGUCCGGUCACUCUAAGGCCCAGUUAUACGUCUAUCUAGUACCUCUGUUUGUGGGAUGUUUGUGUGUGCGUGUGUGUAUGUACAUAUAUAUAUAUAUAUAUAUGUGUGUGUGUGUAUGUAUGUAUAUUGUAUACAUAUAUAUAUAUAUAUGUGUGUGUGUAUGUAUGUAUAUUGUGUGUGUGUGUGUGUGUAUAUAUAUAUAUAUAUAUAUAUAUAUAUGCUUAGGUUGUAUACAGGCCUUUAUGCAAAUUCUGGAUUCUUGGAUGUGAAUUCAUGCAUUCUUAAUCUGUGUAAUUAUUUUUUUUAACUCUACCCCCUCUAGCACCAUCUCCUGCACUGCUUUUAUUCUCACUCUCCUCCCUUACUCUGUGAUCUUCACACACGAUAUUUACAACCCUCUGUGAGAAUGGUGUCUAUUUUCUAUCAGAGAUGUGUCUAAUAUGCACUUAUAUCACUCUAACCCCUGUAUCACAAAUCAACUUUGAAUUAUGUGUGUGUCGUUUUUGCACAGAAAUACUUAAACCCCUUAAGGACACAUGGCAUGUGUGACAUGUCAUGAUUCCCUUUUAUUCCAGAUGUUUGGUCCUGAAGGGGUUAAACUUGAGAAAGGAACGUUCUCCUGAAAGCUUGUCCUUUCAAAAUUCUGUUAGACCAAGAAAAAAGAUAUCUGUUUUUUUUUUACAUCCUUGUUACUGGACAAAUACAGCUGCAAUCUCUCGCUACAUACUCCUAACAUCUCUUUUUAUUACCCUAUCUGUCCCUUCUUUAUAAUCACAAUGUUUAUUUCAUUCAUCCUCCCAGAACCCAUAGCAUCCAUUUCACCUGCUCAUCAAUUUGUCUAAUCCUGUUUUUAUUUUAGCACCUCCCCUCUGAUGUCUCAAGUCUACCUUCCCUCACUCCACUUCCUUUAUUAGUUCUCCCCCCAUUCGAACAUCCUCUUUAUAUAACACUUGUCAUUCUCUCUUCUCUUUUGUAAAGCCUUCCAUUUAAUUUGUAUCCUUUUCCCUCUCUCUGCUUUACUCCAGUUUGAGAUGACUGAGGUUUAUGUCCCUACCUAAACCUCAGUCAUCUCAAACUCUUUGAAAGCCACAGCCUUCAUCUGUUUUGUGCAACUUCCCUCUCAUCUUAACCCUUCUCCCUAAAUGCAACACAUCUCCUUCUAGUUCCAUUUCCUCCACCUCCAAGCAUGUUUAAACUCUCUUCCCAUUUUUUUCUAUAGUCUCCUUUACCUCCCACAGACUUUACCUUCUCUCACUAUUUGAUCCGAGUCUUCAUAUCUAUCCUUUCUCCAUCUCUGUAUCUCUACAGUAUAUCUUUCUCUGAUUUGCAGGUUAUUUAUGAACAGUGUAAUACAAUACACCUUUCCAUAAUACAGGGACUCUUUCUUAACUUAAUUGGUUUCAAAAUAAAUUAGUCUUAUUCACUAUAGAAUAAUAUUAUCAAAGGAUUGGGGAAGAACCCGACCAGACAUCACUUCUUUGGACUCCUCUGUAUUAUCUAUAAAUUUGUCUAUAAUCUAACUUAAAGGACCACUCUAGGCACCCAGACCACUUCAGCUUAAUGAAGUGGUCUGGGUGCCAGGUCCUUCUAGGGUUAACCCAUUUUUUCAUAAUUAUAGCAGUUUCAGAGAAACUGCUAUAAUUAUGAAUGGGUUAAGCCUUUCCCCUAAUCCUCUAGUGGCUGUCUCAUUGACAGCCACUAGAGGCGCUUGCGUGCUUCUCACUGUGAUUUUCACAGUGAGAGCACGCAAGCGUCCAUAGGAAAGUAUUGUAAAUGCUUUCCUAUGCGACGGGCUGAAUGCGCGCGCAGCUCUUGCCGCGCAUGCGCAUUCAGCCGGCGGGGCGGAUCGGAGGCGGAGAGGAGGAGGAGAGCUCUCCACCCAGCGCUGGAAAAAGGUAAGUUAUUACCCCUUUCCCCCUUCCAGAGCUGGGCGGGAGGGGGUCCCUGAGGGUGGGGGCACCCUCAGGGCACUAUAGUGCCAGGAAAACAAGUAUGUUUUCCUGGCACUAUAGUGGUCCUUUAAUGGCCAUGUGUGUCCUGGACAAGCACUAUUGGACUUCACUUUAAGUAUGAACUACCAUUUACAUGAAAUAGCUGGCUUUCCCACUCUGGAUUUAAUUAUGUGAUUACAAUGUAUGGUGUAUCUGCCCCUUAAUUUCCCCCAUAUUCCAAUAUUCUUCUCCCCGCCCUUUGCCCCCUUAGCUCCUUAUCCCAAGAGCCCACUCUCUAUCUCUAUCCUGUGAUGUUAUGGUGUGUUGUUGUUUUUAGCUAUGUUGCCAAACGUACUUGCACAAGUCAAUGUCAAUCAAUGUCAUCGUGAUUUUCUCAAGAUAACAAGACAAGAACCUGCAAUCAAGACAAUUGUGGGGCGUGCUCUUAUAUCUUACCUCAUUUGAAAUCCCUCCAGAUAUUUUGGUCGUUCAAAAUGGCUGAUCACCGAAUGUCACUAUUCCACUUUUCCAUACCAUAGUUACUUCACAUUGAAAAUAUUUCUGCUGUUUAUAAUUGACAUUGUACCCAUAGUAUAUUAAAGGCUGUAUUCACAAUGUGCAGUUUAUGGUACGAAAAUAUGUACAAUGACACCUUCAAAAGAUGUUAUGUCCUAUGUGAUCAGUCUUUAUCACUGACUGAAUUAUGACAAUAUACUGUGAAUUAUACCAUCUACAGCCCAAGUGGAACAAUACCUCUUCUGGUGAAUACCAGCAAUAAAUUAAAACUGAAAUGUACAAAUGUUUUGUACAUUCAAAUACAAAUAAUCAAUAGACUUGUGCAGAAAAUCCACUCAGCUGUGGUGAACAAAUCAAAUGCCAGUUAAGAGCUGGAUGAGCAAAUUAAUUAGUUUGCAAUUUGCCGAACAGGAUUUGUGCACAAGUCUAAUAAUCAAAAACAAAACUGAUAGUAAUGUACAAAUGCAUAAAAAAAUCUGAGUGUAAUCAUACAGAGCUGAACUCCUAAAUACCAAACAAAUAUUACAUGUAUUAUAUAUUCACACAAAAUGAUGUAUAUAUAUAUAUAUAUAUAUAUAUAUAACCAGUGGCGUACAUACCAUGGACGCAGGGGUCGCGGCUGCGACCGGGCGCGGCCCACCAGGGGGCCCGGCCGCCCCUGAGACCCGGUAUGUACCCACUGGGCCAGCCUCUUCUCCUGGGGGGCCCAGGAGGUGGCCACCUCAGGCCCCCCCGAGGCUGGCCCUGCUGACCCCAGCGGGCAGGUGGGCGCGUGAGGGAGCACUUUCCCCUGUGUGCUUCCUCUUCAGCUCCCUCGCGCACCGCACUGAUGCCGGAGCCGGAAGAUGACAUCAUCUUCCGGCGCCGGCAUCCCUAAGCGGCGCGCGAGGGAGCUGAAGAGGAAGCACACAGGGGAAAGGGCUCCGUCGCGCACCAGCCGGCCAGGCAGCCUGCCCACCCAGUGACCUGCCGCCCAGGAGCCCAGCAGCACCACUGGACCCCAGGGAAUCCCCCCAGCACUCCAAAAGGUAAGGAGGCUGGGGGGAUUAAAUGUGAAAAAAAAAAUGUGUGUGUUAGUGUAUGUGUGUUAGUGUGUGUUAGAGUGUGUGUGUGUGUUAGUGUGUGUGUUAGAGUGUGUGUGUGUUAGUGUAUGUGUGUGUUAGUGUAUGUGUGUGUUAGUGUGUGUUAGGGUGUGUGUGUGUGUGUGUUAGUGUAUGUGUGUGUUAGUGUAUGUGUGUGUUAGUGUGUGUUAGUGUAUGUGUGUGUUAGUGUGUGUUAGUGUGUUAGAGUGUGUUAGGAGUGUGUGUGUAAGUAGUGUAUGUGUAGUGUGUGUGUGUAAGUAGUGUGUGUGUGUGUGUGUGUGUGUGUGUGUGUUAGUGUGUGUUAGUGUAUGUGUGUAAAGUAGGAGUGUGUGUGUGUUAGUGUGUGUGUGUGUGUUAGUGUAUGUGUGUGUGUGUUAGUGUGCUAGUGUAUGUGUGUGUGUGUGUGUUAGUGUGUGUGUGUGUGUGUUAGUGUGUGUGUGAGUGUGUCAGUGUUUGUUUGUGUUAGUGCGUGUGUUAGUGUGUGUGUCAGUGAAUGUGUCUGUUAUUGGGUGUGUGUCUGCUAGUGAGUGUGUUACUGUGUGUGUCUGUUACUGAGUGUGUUUGAUGUCUGUUAGUGAGUGUGUGUUUUCAGUGAAAGUGUAUGUUUUGUAAGUGAGUGUGUAUGUAUGUCUGUCGCUGAGUGUGUCUCUGUCAGUAAAUGUGUGUGUCUGUUAGCUAGUGUGUAUGCGUCUGUUCGUGAGAGUGUGUGUGUGUCUUCAGCAUUUACCUUUCUCCAGCGUCGGACUCACCAGUGUCCGCCACUCAGCUCCGAAAUGCACAUGCGCGGCAAGAGGCGCCGCUGCGCAUUUAAACCGCCCAUAGGAAAGCAUUACUCAAUGCUUUCCUAUGGACGUUCAGUGUCUUCUCACUGUGAUUUUCACAGUGAGAAUCGCGGAAGCUCCUCUAGCAGCUGUCAAUGAGACAGCCACCAGAGGCUGGAUUAACCCUCAGUGAAACAUAGCCGUUUCUCUGAAACUGCUAUGUUUUCAGCUGCAGGGUUAGAACUAGAGGGACCUGGCACCCAGACCACUUCAUUGAGCUGAUGUGAUCUGGGUGUCUGUAGUGGUCCUUUAAGUGUGUGUGCAUACCGCGGUCGCGGGGUCGCAGCCCUGCAACCCCUGCGACCAGGUGCCCGCCACCAUGUGUUGCGACCCCGACCCGGGAUCAAUUUUUGCACCGGGGCCCUAUGGGCCAUGUGUACGCCACUGUGUACAACAUAUAGAAAAACGUAAAGUGUCAAAAUAAUAUCAAAGAAAAAAACAUGCAAUAGAAAAAAGCUAAAACUGCACUUACCUGACUGUAGAGGGUCGAGAAACGGUGUACAGUAUUCUUUCAACGUUCCACAAACCAAAUUACGCCUUCUUGCUACAAACAUAACAUUUGAGAAGAGUUGAUUCAUUUUUGUUGUGAGCCUUUUUUCAUUGAUAUUACUAUGUUCCAUGCAAUCAAAUAAAAAAAAAUUGUAUUUUACCCAUUUAUGUCCUAAAGUUAGCCUUCUGUAGUAGCAUAGCAUCAGCUCAGUGUGUCAGAAUUAAGUUCCAUAUUAUUUAAAUAUUGUUUCAUGCUACCAUGCCAAGCUGUGUUGUAUCUGUCAGAGUUCUGCUUGUUCAGUGCCAAACAAAGCAGUUUGGUUGCUUUUCUCAUGCAGGCUCAGAUGAGUUGACUUGUUGACAUAUAUAAGUAUUGGCAUUAUGGGAAUACCUGCAUGCUAUUUAAUGCCAAAAGCCUACUUUUCGGUCACCGCACAAACAAUGACAAAGAUAAAAAAAGGUUUACUAAACAGAUUGUCAUACUAAGAGAACGAUGCUGGUAGGUCAGGUGAAAUGGAGGAAAGCAAAAAGCAAUCCAAGAGCGCAAUUAUUUUGUUCAACAAAGCGAAUACCUUGGCACUCAUGCCAUGAAAAUGUUGGCUUGUUUUUGGUAUGUGCUAUGGCAGAGUGCCCUCUCAUUAAGACAUAGAUUAUGUCUCAAUAGGAGACUUUGAGUUUUAACCUAUUCUAGAAUGUGGAAGGCUACAAUUCAACACAGCAUCAAAUAUUUAUAGUACAGGAAUAAUCUUUCUUUAGUAAUAUAUACAAUUUUUUACUAUUUUCUAAAUGGAGCAAAACACUAAGACAUACAAUUACAGGAUAAAGAGUUAAGGCUUAAUUUCUCAUUCAUUCACCCAUUGUUGAAACUAAUGAAACACAUAUGUUUAAACAAUAUUACAAAACUCCAAAAAUUCAGAAAAUGUUCCCAGAUAUUGUUACUGACAUAUACAAAGAAUGUAGGAUGGUGCAAGGAUUAACACUUUAGUGCCUGACCGUUCAAAAUAAUAGAGGGAUCAUGCACGUGCAUACAUAUCACACAGUUGUGGAGUGAAGGGAGAUUAACAUGACAUAGUUUAGUAUAAUGCUUCUUAUCACAGUUCUUGUGUAUCCUUACGUUCCAGGAUUAAUCCAUUUCCAAUAGUCACAUUGAUUGAUAAAUAUUGGUCUAUACAGUGCAUGAAUGCUGGAAUAAAAACACUGCUGUAGUAUUUUAACUUCAAAGGAUAAAUAGGGAACUGGACAUACUUCUGCCACUGUAGUCAAGGAUCAGCAGUUUAUAGAAUUCUAUGUCCACCUCCCUAAUACAAUGUACCUUCACUAAAAUAGAUCUCAGCUGUUUGACAUAUAAUUGCUAUAUUUUUAGCAUCACUUGUAUACCCUAAUUCUCCUAACUCAAAACCAAGUAAUCCCGUUUCUCCACCCCACAAUCCUAACCAUAAAUCCUCUCAUAAUAAUUCUUGUAACCCUAAACUCCCUAGCUGUAAUUUUACUAAACCCCUCAACUGUAACUCUAACCCAAAACUCAAUAACCCUAAAUCUACUAAGCCUGGAUUCCAUAUGCCACUUAACGUUUUAAACCUUGGACAGGAAGUGCUCGCUGGGUGCAACAGCUUCCUGUCAGACAGGGUAGAUGAUACAGAAUAUCCUCUCCCCGCGGUCCACUCACCCACGUUACACAGGGAUGAUGAGCAGUGAAAAAGAGAAAAAGAUACAGAAAAGGGACUGGGGGGCCCACACAGAGGGACUGGGGAAGGUGAAAAUUACACAAACAGAAGGGCUGGGGAAGGGGAGAGCGACACACAUAGAGGCACUGGGGAAGGUGACCCAGAGACACUCAAAGGAGCUGGGUAAUGGGACGACGAGAGGCACUUAUAGGGGCUGGGCAAGGGAACAGUAAAAUUUAAAGUGGGACUGGGGAAGGGUACAAUGACACACACCGAGGGGCUUGGGAAGGUCAAAAGAGACACACAUAGGGGUUGGGGCGGAGAGACACAAAUGGGUCCGGGGAGAAGAGACACACAGAGGGGGAGAGAGAGACACAUAAAGAUGCGGGGCUGGGGAAGGUGAAAAGGAGUUACACAAAGGGGUUGGAUGAGAAAAAGACACACAAAGGAGCUGGGGGUAUAAAGACACACACAAAGUUGGCAUUUACUGUUUCAGAGGAUGCAAGUAGCUGGUCUUGCCUAGGGUGCAAAAUUGUCUAGCACCUGCCCUGAGUGUAUGUGUGUGGUUGAUUGUAUUAUUAGGCAGUGUGCAUGUAUGGAUGGAUGUAUUGGGCAGUGUGUGUAUGGUUGAUUGUGUGUGGGUGUGUGUGUAUUGGGAAUGGUAUGUGUGUGUAGAUGCAUGUACUGGAUGUGUAUGUUUAUAUUGGGCAGUGUGUCUCUUUCAUUUCCUAAAUGUCUGCUCAUUGUCUCACCUAAAAUGUCAACUAGUUUGUCUGUGUUUAUUAAAUACCUCAACAAUCUCUCUAUCAUUUACCCAAUUGUUUCUCUGGUUGGUUUCCUUUCCCUAAAUUUCUCACCGGUGCAUCUGCUUUACCUAAAUGUGUCCUCUGUGCGUCUCUUUUCCCUAAAUGUAUCUUAAGUCUGUUUCCCCCCCUCAAUAUUUUCCCAGUCACAACGGUCUAUCUCUGUUCCAUAAAUUUCUCCCCAGUCUGUCUCUGUUUCCUAAAAUGUUUUCCCAGGUCCUCAGACAUUUUCCACUAAAUGUCUUGGCCUGUCUCUCUUUAAUAAGAACAGGCAAGUAAACACUUUAGAGUCUAUUCACUAAACAAUGAUUUAUACAUCUUGUUACAAUCUGCCUUUUGUAACUGUUAAAUCACAGGCAGAGGGGAGGAUUUUGUGGGAAUGAAUGGGAGUGUUUUACUGUAUUAUACGUGUUUGAUUUGCUGUUCCACAAAACCCUGUGGGCGGUUAAACUUUCUGCAUACACCUCCCUCUAUUGCCAGUAAGUAAUCAAGGGCUAGCCUAUUUUGGUAAAUGGCGGAUCUCAUUCGGGUAUUCUGCUUAGCUAAGAGGUUGAGGGCUUCUGCUGUCUCGUUGGUUAUGAUCUCAACCACCGCCUGUAGUCUUAUAAUACGGUUGAGCAUAUAUAUUGGGGUUCUAUAUCCAUAAGUACCAUCUUCAGCCCAGGUAGCAGGUCCAUAGUAAUUUAUGAUACAUUGGGGAGGUCACUCAUCUUCCCAACUACCUAUAUUCAAUGUUGCUCACUUCUUUUUAUGAUUCACAUCAUAUACCUUAACUCCCAAGGUCUCUCCUGUUUCAAUUGGCAACAAGAAGGAUGGUUUGAGCAUACCUAGCACACAUGCUCCUUCCCAAUCCUGUGGUAACUCUAAAUAUGCUUUCUUACCACAGAUCCAGUACAAAUUCGCUGGGGUUUUCCAAUUGGAUGUAGCAGAUAAGUCAAACCAUACCUCUUUUAAAUUGGUGUAAUUGGCAAAAGGAUUAGUAGGUUCCGAGACAUUUGAAGCUGACCAUCAAGUAGUAUCUUUUGUAUCAGCAUUAUAGUCCUAAGCAGGUUAACUCUCCAACAGAUGUAUUAUACAGUGGCCCUCUUCUAGCUAAACAUACAUGGCCUAUGAUAGAUGUUUUUAAACGCCAUUCUGAUUUAUCUCUAGUACUUACUUGAUGAUCAGACUGAGAAAGCAUCUGUUGUUCAUCUGUCCCAGAACCAAGGUACCAAACCUCUCUUGCCUCCCAUGGCCAUUGGUCUCCCAUAUUAGUACCUCCACAUACAAAGCAGUUAGUUAUAUUAACACUACCUGCAAUACUCUCAGCCAAAUCAAUAAAUAGGUUCUUAACAUUAUGGGGAAUGUUAUCCUCAACACUCAUCUCCUCAUAGAAGGAAUGAAAAACCUGAUGAGUUUGAGAAGCUGUCGUCUCAGUUUCAAGACCUACAUAUAUUAUCGUCCCUGGAUCUACUCUUGUACCAUGCAUUUUGAAACCCAAAGAGAUUCCCAAACUUGUCAAUGAAGUGUUGUGGAUUGGAAAUGGUCAUAUGCACAGGGUUACACUCCAUAGUUUUACAAUAUGGUGCAGUGGGCAACCUUUGGAUAAUCAUAUCUUGAUCUACUGUCUUUCCCCAGGUCACCCAACCUACACAUGACCAAUAUGGGCAGCAGUUAAGGUCUCUAUUUGGGCAGUCAGGAUCAGUAGAUCUUUUGCUAGGGCAUAAAUACUUAUCAUUGAACCCAUAAGUCCGAUCCCAUUUAAGAUUUCCACAUACAUUCCAGGGUUCUCUGCUACCCGAAAUCACCUUACAUGCAUCAAAUAAUAGAAUACCCGUAGAAUGUAUGGUGCUUAUCACAGUCCUAUUUAUUAGGUCCCCUGGGAGUUACUGUUUCGAAUUACCAACCAAAUUGUACGGGGUUGGAAUUGGGGAUCGAAACACUUGGGGUCACCUGAUAUCGAUUGACACACACUAUAAUCAGUAUCUAAGUACCUACACCUACACAUUAUUCUUGCGGUCCUCAUCUUUAUUCUUCGACCGUGCGAUGGCACCUCAGCUUCCCGCUUGUGAGGGCUGCAAGGAUUGUUGUACUCCUGAUCCUCACCUUCACAGAGGUCCCUUUGAGACACUCUGGCUAUGAAACGUAGACAGGUGGUCAGGCUUUAUUAUGGUCGUCAAAACACCUACUUGCUGAUCUCUGAUGUUACUUUCAACCACGAUUCUUCUAAAAUCACCUCAUACUUCUCAAGUCACGCUCAAUUCGACUGGGUAAUGCGCUUCACCCGGAUCUUGCAAGGAUUCUCACGAUCUGGAGUAGCUUGCCAGGAAUCUGUCGUUGGUUUAAUCCUAGAGUGAUGAAUCCACGGAGUCACUUCCGCCACCUUUACAGCUGUUGGGGUAGAUAAAAGAACAACAUACAAAGGCUAACAGGAUACACCCCCAAGCUUUAACUCAAUAUGUAUCGGUGGGAUGUUACGAGCAAGUCCUGGAGAAUUAUUUUCUGCCCAUACUCCUGGAAUGUCAAAUACAGAUCCAUCACUCUUUGGGUUUGCUUUUAUUAUUACAGAAUAGAAACGCCAUUCUUCUUCUUUUGGCACCAAUACCGCUAUUAUGCCAGGUGAUUUAUUAAACUGCAGGGAUGUUGAUCCAUUGGGCAGAAAUGUUAUCUGAGCUUGAAGCUUUGGCAAUAGAUCUCAUCCUAGAUGUUAAACUGGACACUCCGACAUGUAUAGGAACUGGUGCUUAACAAAAUGGCCUCCUAAAAUGCAUGUACAACGCCUGAGAAUCGGUCUAGCAGCGCUUUUCCCAGCAGCUCCUAUCACAGUUAUAGUCUUCUCAGAAGGAGGAGCUACCAACUUGGUCACCACAGAAUGUUCAGCACCUCUAUCAUGAAAAGACUUCUCUUUCCCCCUAUUGAUACAUCGGCAAUAGGCUCCACUCAGCCAAGGGGUGACAUGACAGUGUCAGCCAGACCUACAAAAUCUCUAUCUUCCCUAUCCCUAGGUCUCUGGGUAGGGGGAUAAUAUCUACCUCCCUGAACACUCCCUCUGCUAUUCCCAUUAUUCCCUACAAAACUUCCUCUACCUCGUCCUCUAUAGCUGCUACCAUAACCACCUCGCCCUCUUCUCUCUUCUUGUCUACCACCUGCAAUAUAUGCCCUCUGUGGACAGUCACUCUUCCAAUGCCCUUCCUCUCUACAAUAUGCACUUUGAUCUCUACCUAGUGGUACCCUGCUCAUCCUAUUCUCAACUCCUCUAUUCAUCUCCCCUCCUUCUCUAGCUACACCUUAAAUAGCUACCACUAACUUGUCUAUUUUCUUCCUCAUUUUACGUUCCUCCUCACGCUUUGUCUGUUUCCCUAUUCAUAUACACCUUAUUUGCAACCUCCAUUAGCUGUGAUAUGGAUAUCCCUGCAAAUCCCUCUAAUUUUUGUAGCUUUCUCUUAAUAUCGCUCUGGGCCUGGCUGACAAAUGCUGUUAAUCAUUUGGAAGUUUUCAGGGGCUUCAGGAUUGAAAGGAGUGUACAAUCUAUUUGACUAAAGCAGUCUCUCAUAAAAAGCACUGGUGAAUCAUUAGCUUUUUGUAACACUUCAGCCGUCCUGGACAUGUUAAUUGCCUUUUCCCCUCCUGCCUUCAUGCCAGUAAUAAUGGCUUGUUGAUAGGCCUUUAGAUGGAUCAUGUCAGCGCCAUUUAUGUUCCAAAGGUCAGUAAUAAUUGCUGACAAUCAGCCCAGGUGGGAUUGUGGGUCUGUAUAAUAGAGGUGACCAAGUCAAUCAUGGCUUGAGGUUUAUCGGUGUACGGGGAGUUAUGGGUCUUCCAAUUGAACAGGUCAGUUGUGGUGAAGGGGACAUAGACAAACACAGGAUCUGCCCAUUGUAUUUGGCCAUUUUCGUCAACGUGUGUUGGGCCUGGUGUAAGUCGGAGGGGCAUUUGGCAAUGUCGGGAUGGAAGGGUGCCAUUCAAUUGUCGGGUUACUAUGGGACUUCGGCAAGGCUGCUCAGUAAUAGGUUCCGAUGUGGGAGUAGUAAGAUAGGUGGAAGGGGGUGAGCUAAUUUUACUAGUCAGCAUUUGGCAGAUGGAAAAAAUAAAAAAAGUGUUAAACCAAAAACCUACCAGUAGGUGUCACCAGCGGGUAAGUAAUUGUAUCAAAAUAAUCUUUAUGGGUCUAAUAAUAAAACUUAACUUUUAAUAUAUUUAUACAUAAAAUAAAACCUUAUAGCAAUAAAUAUAUUAAAAUAGGGUAAGCAAUCCUACUUCUGUCUGUUGUAUGCCAGUAUAGAGUUAAAGAUGAUUAAACAAUGUAAUAUCAAUGUAACUCCCGAAGAUGGCCAGUAGGUGGCCCUAGAGUGCCUCCCUAAAGUCUAAUGAAGCAGAUAGACUUUAAUUAUGUGCUUAUUUUAUUAUUGCUUAUUUUAAUCACUGUUCACCCUGAUAUCUAGGCUUGAGUAAAGCUUUAGUUCUAUGGUAAAUUAAACAACUCAGUUUGUAUUUUAGUAAAGGGGAUAUUUUGGACAAAGCUGGGAGGGGCCCAUCCAGUAACUAAAAAGGGAUAAAAGUGUACUCUAGCAUCUUAUACCAUUGAUCAUUUCUUCCAGUUGUAUUUUAGACUAUCACUGAAGGCACACAGUGUUCAGUAGUUUUAGUGCUAUUUCAAUGAUUAUGGUACAAUGUCAUUGCUGAGAAUUAUCUGAUCCAAUAGACACAGUUACUGUUAUUAAGAAUUCUCCUCACAAUUUUAAUUGUUAAUAAAAUUCAAUGCUAAAAUACACUCCUACCAAAAAGGAAGUCAGUUCAAAUUACAAAGAAUCAGUGGGGGUUGGUACAGAAAUACAAGAGUUUGAAACAAAAGAACAUAUAGGUAUGUGGGUAGGCGGGGACAAUAGAGCAGGGGGAGUGCAAAUACCAGUUACACCAGUUUUAGCUUGGGAGGAAGAGUGGGGGGAGUGGCUACACCAGCCGCACCUCCUUUAGCUCUGGAGGAUGAAUGGUAAUCAGAUGCAAGGGGGGGAGGUGUCCAAACUAGGUGGAAUUAAGGCCUUAGUUCUGACCACCAUGUGGCUCCAUUGUUAAUCAUGACACAGUUUAAUUCACCAAGGCAGUUUUUCAACAAUCGGUUUCCAACAGUCAAUAUAUGGAAACUGAUCAUAGAAUUCCGGCCUACUAGGCCACCAGGACAGGCCACUCCCUACUACACAGUGUAGUCAAAUGUUUAUUUAUUUUUUUAUUUAACAUACAAGACAAAGGACCAACAGCUUUGUGAAUCAGAAGAUGAUUUCAACAGAACGUCUGAUUCAAAAGCUGUACAAACAUACACACAGUUUCAACAGUCACACCAAUCUCCUUAUCACCAGCACACACGUGCACGCACACACAGGAUCCUCACAUGCUCAACAAUAUCACGACGUCGCACACACAAGUAAAAUCAAGACUCACCAAACACUAUAUACUAAUCAAUGCAACUAUUAAGCAAGUCAUACAAUUGUCCACACAAUUAAUCAACAUUAACUAACCGAUAGCAUAACAUUUCAACAAUUUCGUCUCUACAGUCAGUGGUUAUGGUACAGUUAGUAACUAUUAUACAGUUUAGACAAUUAUGAUUUUAAAGUUACAAUAUCAGUUAGUACACAUGCAAGGUUAAACAGUAAUUUUAGUAUUUUUCACGUAAUAUCAGUAGUUAUGGUACAAGUCAGUGGUUAUGGUACAUGUCAGUGGUUAUGGUACCGUGCGCUAUUUUACACUAUACACACAAUUUACACGUCCGCUAAACGGCAGAACUCAAGCUUUCUAGUAGGACAUACAUUUCACCAAUUACAGCGUAUUUUACAACAUUUACAGCAAACCCAACUACUCUAAUUGGCCAGCACCUCGAGAACUAUCGAACUAUUUACACCAGGAUUCGGUUAGUCUACGCUGCCCAAGCACCACAUAUAGCGAACUAGUGGGUGGAAUUUACAACAGUACCCAUUUAGUCUAUCUACUCUAUCAAUAGUCUAGUGGCUGAAUUUACAACAGGGCACACUUAGCCAAGAUAGGUUGAGAACUAGCAGACGGAAUGUACACCAGAAUCUGCUUAGUCUCGCCGGCCUCCCCGACCUAGCGACCGAAAUUUACACCUAGACACGCUAGUCAAGAAAGGACACCGGUGUCCAGCAUAAACUAUUUACACCAAGAUUUAGCCUGACCCAAACCACCUAUAUCAGAGCGUCUAAUUUCCAGAUAAGCGGUGCGCCUUCGCUUUUUCCCUCCAGAGGGAGGGGACAGUCCAAUAACCGGUUUCAGAUACAAACCCCUUGUGGGCCUACCAUCUAAUAGUAUAAUCUUACCUUUUAGUACGGGGCACCCCGGUACUCACUGCGCAGGAGCCGAUGAUCUCCUGGACAAAAGGCCAGUGGUGCCGAGACGAAAGGAGGUCCAUGCAGAAGUUCAUUGGUGCUGCCGUGGAGAACGUGGGUAAAAAUUUACCGUCUCAAAUCUCUGCGCCAGCUUCCGUGCGGUGAGGUUCCCGGACCCAAUGCGCCAAAAAUGCUACCGGAGGAAUAACAGGAACAAAACGCAAAAGCCACAUAUAGAGAUAUGGACACAAGUCUUCAGGAAGUAACAGGUCUUUUAUUUACACACCAAUCGGGUCUCAGAUGAACUCCUGUUCCAAGAAUAUCUGAGAGGCAGAAAGCAUGGUGCAGAGGCCUUUUGUUAGCAGCAUAUCCCCUCCCAUACAGUAUAACCCCUCCUAUAUUCCUCAGACCAAUCAGCACACAAGAUAUUCAGGAUCACCUUAUAUGGGAAGACCACAUGGCAUUUACAGACAAAGGAAUGUACUAUCCACUUCCACACAUGCUCAGUAUACUGAUGACUCAUCCAACUGUUUGUAAUCAGAUACUAAUUAGCAUAUGCCAUGUGGAGAUUUCGGCCUACUAAAUUUUGACCAUGCUGGAAUCCCAUCACAGUAACUAUGUGUGAUUGUCUGCCUGUGUGUGUGACUGUCUGUGUGUGUGACUGUCGGUGUGUGACUGUCUGCCUGUGUGUGUGUGAUUGUCUGCCUGUGUGUGUGUGUGUGACUGUCUGUGUGUUUGACUGUCUGCCUGUGUGUGUGACUGUCUGCCUGUGUGUGAGACUAUCUGCCUGUGUCUGUGUGUAUGACUGUCUGCCUGUGUUUGAGACUAUCUGCCUGUGUCUGUGUGUAUGACUGUCUGCCUGUGUCUGAGACUAUCUGCCUGUGUGUGUGUGUGACUGUCUGCCUGUGUGUGAGACUAUCUGCCUGUGUGUGUGUGUGUGUGUGACUGUCUGCCUGUGUAUGUGUGCCUGCCUGUGUGUGUGGGUGUGUGUGUGUGUGUGUGUGAAUGCCUAUGUGUGACUGUCUGGGCAGACUAGAUGGGCCGAAUGGUUCUUAUCUGCCGUCACAUUCUAUGUUUCUAUGUCUGCCUGUGUGUGUGUGUGUGUGUGACUGUCUGCCUGUGUAUGUGUGCCUGCCUUUGUGUGUGUGUGUGUGUGUGUGUGUGAGUGCCUAUGUGUGACUGUCUGGGCAGACUAGAUGGGCCGAAUGGUUCUUAUCUGCCGUCACAUUCGAUGUUUCUAUGUCUGCCUGUGUGUGUGUGUGUGUGGCUGUCUGCCUGUGUGUUUGUGUGUAGCUGUCUGCCUGUGUUUUUGUGUGUGGCUGUCUGUGUGUGUGUUUGUGUGUGGCUGUCUGCCUGUGUGUUUGUGUGUGGCUGUCUGCGUGUGUGUUUGUGUGUGGCUGUCUGCCUCUGUGUGUGUGUGACUAAUUGUUGUAUCUGGAAGCUAAUUACCUCUGGAGCUACCUGAGCCUGUCCAUUACCUGCCAUCCUCCUCGGUGGAAGCGGUGCAGUAUAAUCCCUAAGUGGAUUUCAAGGCGGAUUCAUUCAAUUCUGUGAGUGCAACCAUUAUUGCAGCGUUGUAUUUAUUUUACUGUAAAUCACUAUGUGCUGUAUGUUUUUCAUAUUGUAGCUUGUAGCAGUAUCCCUAUUUCCUGUUUUUCUACACAUCUGUGUGUGUGACUGCCUAUGUGUGGCUGUCUGGGCAGACUAGAUGGGCCGAAUGGUUCUUAUCUGCCGUCACAUUCUAUGUUUCUAUGUCUGUAUGUGUGGCUGUCUGCGUGUGGCUGUCUGCAUGUGUGUGUGUGACAGGGUAUGUGGGAAGGGGGGGGAUGGGGGCGCUGUGAAGAUUUUUCGCACAGGGUGCCCAAAGGCCUAAGGCCGGCCCUGGGGACAGCUGAACAAAUCUAAUUGGAAACCAACCUUUGCAAAUUGGUUUUCAAUUAAACUUAACGUUUGUCAUUAUUCACAUGCUCAGAUUUAUAUGCCUUGAAUGUGAGGUUAACGACAAACAAAAUAGCAGUUUUGCAAUUACGUUAACAGUAGUGAUGGAAUUAAAGGACCACUAGUCUGUUUUCCUGGCACUAUAGUGGUCCUUUAAUUCCACACGUAUCCCUUAUUAUCAUCACUACUGUUAACGUAAUUGCAAAACUGCUAUUUUGUUUGUCGUUAACCUCACAUUCAAGGCAUAUAAAUCUGAGCAUGUGAAUAAUGACAAACGUUAAGUCCAGCUUUUACUUGAUAAUGAUUUUUUACUUUGGUGGCAUUAUCAGCAGAGAACAGGUAAGACAUUUGUGGAUUGUAAUUGUGUUGGAAACACUGGCGUACAUAAAGCGGUCGCAGCUGCGACCGGGCCCGUCACUCCAGGGGGCCCGGCCGCCCUGCAGAGCCCUCUGACCGGGUGCCCGCCAUCAUCAUUUGCGGCCCCGGCCCGCGCGGCAAACCGCCGGGGCCGCAUGUUAUGGUGCCCAUCGGGUGAGAUCAUCACAAGCUGGGAGGAAGUAACUGCCCCGGUCACUCCUCCCAGCUAUCAGACAGAGGAAGCAGAGGGAGUCAGAGUGGGAACUCUGACUCCCAUCAACCUGAGCCACCACUGGAACCCAGGGAAGGAAACAGGAGGUGGCUUAAUAUUAUGUGUGUGUGUGUGUGUGUGUUUGUUUGUUUGUAUGUAUGUGUCUGUGUCUAUCUGUCUGUAUGUAUGCCUGUCUGUUUGUAUGUAUGUGUGUGUGUGUGUCUUUGUAUGUAUGUGUGUCUUGUGUGUGUCUGUAUGUGUGCCUGUCUGUAUGUGUGUCUGUCUGUAUGUAUGUGUCUGUGUCUAUCUGUCUGUAUGUAUGUGUGCCUGUCUGUUUUUAUGUAUGUAUGUUUCUUUGUAUGUAUGUGUGUCUUGUGUGUGUGUGUGUGUGUGUGUCUGUCUGUAUAGGUAUUUAUGUGUCUGUCUGUAUGUAUGUGUGCUUGUCUUUUUGUAUGUAUGUGUGUGUGUCUGUCUGUGUGUGUCUGUGUCUAUCUGUCUGUAUGUAUGUAUGUAUGUAUGUAUGUGUGUCUGUCUGUUUUUAUGUACAUAUAGAAAUAUUCAGUUGGGAGUUAUUUGCUCCUGCAGAACCUCUCACCCUGAAUAUAAUCACCAGAGAGACACUCCAGUGGUGUCUGGGGCUUAGCCCCUAUUUGAUAUGAAAUGGAACAAAAUAUCCUCAUUCAAAACAAAAAAGAGUUACUUGUCUUGAACGUGGGUAGCUUUAGUUAACUUUAGUUAAUUUCUAGUCAGAGAUAAGCUGAUUAGCAUCUGUAUUCACUCUGAUCACGUUAAACCCCUUUUUUUCUUUGGUUUGAGAUAGGUGUAUACCUGUCAAUUGCUCUUUAAAUAUAUCCAGCUUUUAUCCACGUUCAAGAAAAGUAAUUUUCUUUUUUGUUUUGAAUGAGGAUAUUUAGUUCCAUCUGUUUUUAUGUAUGUAUGUGUGUUGUGUGUGUGUGUGUGUCUAUACGUAUGUGUGUCGUGUGUAUGUGUGUGUGUCUAUACGUAUGUGUCUUUGUAUGUAUGUUUGUAGUGUGUGUGUCUGUCUGUAUGUAUGUGUGUGUGUCUGUAUGUAUGUUUGCCUGUCUGUUUGUAUGUAUGUGUCCUGUGUGUAUGUGUGUCUGUAUGUAUGUGUCUCUGUAUGUAUGUGUGUGUGUGUGUGUGUGUCUGUCGGGGAGGGUGGGCCCCAUGGAUCAGUUUUGCACCGGGGCCCCAUGGGUUGUGUGUACGCCACUGGUUGGAAACAAAUAUGAAAUGUCGACUAAAACUCUGAAACCAUUAAUAAAUGAAAGCGAAAGCAGGAUUAUGAUUGAAGCCAUAGUUGUAAAAGUUAGAUUAACAUAACAACAUGCCAAUUUGAAGUUUUUUUCAGUAUGGCAUUUUUUAUGAUUUUGGGUGCCAGUAGUCAUCUCACCAUUUAGUGAAUAGACUCCUAGGUAGAUCUGGAGAAUCAGUGAUGGGUUACUCUGAUUUUGCUGGUUCUUAAUAAUAAAUAAUAGUAACCAUUUAUUUCAGGAGAAAGAUUGGUUAAUACAAUGUGCAUUUAGCUCUGUGCUUUCCAUAUUAUGUUCAUGUUAGCACACUGUCUCUAAUCAGUGGUGUAAGAGUAAACAGCAGGUGUUGCCAUGUGAACACUCUGCUGCAGGCUUUUGGCCAUCUUAAAUAUAUUAUGUAAUUCGCUUUCCCCGGAGGGGCUCAGUGUUUUGUGAACUGCAUUAAUAAAAAGGUUGCCCUGCUAGGAUUCAGAACAAGAACUUAACCCUUAGAGGUUUGUCUUUCAAAAACAUGACCUGUUUGAUCUAUAAGCAGAAAGUGUGAUUCUACAACACUAUAUAGAUAACAGUUUUCGACAAACCAGGUAUUUGGUUUGUUAUUUAACACAUUCAUAUAAUGCAAACAGGAAUUGAUUCAUGACUGCAAGAUAAUCCCACCUCCCAACAACCAAACCUGUUGGUUAAUUUCCUUCUCACACCAGGGAGUCCCAGGUACCUAUGUCUGCCAAUUUUAGUGGCCUCAGUCAUUUCAACUGCUUGCAUUUGUCAGCUGACCAGCAUCGAUCACAGUGUAAUCAGCAGAAAAACAGGGCUCCAUUUAUAAUUACACUACAGCCAGUAGAUGGUGGUCAUAGACCACUAUCUAUUGUGUUAAAUAGGAAGCCCAUUUUCUAAUAUCAGAAUUGAUAUUAGAUGAGGGUUACAUUAGGGGUAGGGUUAGUGGGGUUAUGGUUAAGGGUCGAUUUGGGCUUAAGAGUAGUGUAGGUUUAUGCUUAGCUGUAGGGUUAGGGUAAGUGGUAAGGUAAGAGUCACUGCUGGUUAUAGAUUAAUGCUGUUUUGGGAUUGGGUAUAGUUUAUGGUUAAAAGUAAGAUUAGGAUAGGCAUAUGGUGAGAGUUAGUGUAAGCUUUGGGUAAGGGGUAUGGUUGGUAUAGCAUUAGUGUAGGGGUUGGUUUAGGGUUAGCAUUAACUAUAAACAUUAAUUUAGAUCCUACAAGCCAUUUAACAACCAGGACUGUUAUAUGAAUCUAUUUUGAUUCUUUUCAUUAUUUGCACCGGAUGUGUAAAAAUUAUUAAAAGCAAAAAUGUAAAAAAAAAACUGUUUCCGUUCUUAUGACCCGGUUGUAGAACUAAUUGGUCGGUAAGUGAGGAUGCGCUACUGAGCAUGUGCAAGAGAGCAGAUCUACAUUUGGGGGAAUCCCCCCAAAAUGUAGACCAGUUCACUAGCACAGGGAAUACCAUGAAUCUAUGUUCGGGGAAAUUUCCUCGAACAUAGAUUAGCUCACUAGCGCAGGGAAUCGCUGAAAUCUAUUUUCUGGGAAAAUUCCCUGCGCAUAGACCAGGUUUCUAAUGUGGGGAAUCCCAGUGUGAGCUCUUGUAAAACAGGUAGGUCAUAGAGUGAGGACCACCUGUAUAUUUUAGUGUCCUGUUGGAGUAGAGGUGGUUGUACCUCAGGAACUAGAAGGAUACCAUAAACAACAAAAGUCAGGAAGAUACCAGAUUGAGGUGACAAGUGGUGUCUUAAAGCUUCACUGUCACCCCACCCAAUAUGAGUAUUUCAUAAAGAUACAAUCUCUGACUGUGUUGGAAUUUCCCUGAAAUUUCCACAUAGUCAAAAGAUAUACUGAGACAAAGUAGGGACUACUUUGUCUCAGUAUUUUCCUCUGCCUUACAAAGUUUGUGCUACCAUCGUCAAGCUAGUAAUUUACCCCAGGCAUAACCAGUGACAACUGUAGGGAAAUUAAAGGACCACUCUAGGCACCCAGACCACUUCAGCUUAAUGAAGUGGUCUGGGUGCCAGGUCCAACUAGGGUUAACCCAUUUUUUCAUAAACAUAGCAGUUUCAGAGAAACUGCUAUGUUUAUGAAUGGGUUAAGCCUUCCCCUAUUUCCUCUAGCGGCUGUCUCAUUGACAGCCGCUAAAGGCGCUUGCGUGCUUCUCACUGUGAUUUUCAUUGAUAAUGCUUUCCUAUGUGACCGGCUGAAUGCGCGCGCAGCUCUUGCCGCGCGUGCGCAUUCAGCCGACAGGGAGGAGAAGAGGAGGAUCGGAGGAGGAGAGCUCUCCGCCCAGCGCUGGAAAAAGGUAAGUUUUUACCCCUCUCCCCUUUCCAGAGCCGGGCGGGAGGGGGUCCCUGAGGGUGGGGGCACCCUCAGGGCACUAUAGUGCCAGGAAAACGAGUAUGUUUUCCUGGCACUAUAGUGGUCCUUUAAGCAGUCAUGUGGGAUCCUCCACAGACCUUAAUGCUGUACUGUUAUACAUGCACAAGUGUACAGCUCUGAGAGUCAGCUCUUGGCAUCUGAAUCACCAGGAGCUAAAGAGGACCAACAGGAAGAGGAUGGCGGCUCUAGAGAGGGACAGUCUCAGGUAAGUAACAUUCACCUUUGCCGGCCCCUUGCGGCCUUGGGACCCCAGUGGCGAUGUCACCAUUGGGAGACUUAUGCAAAAACCCCAGACAAUGAUAGAUCAGCUUUAAGUGCAAGCUCUUGUGGUAAUUUGUCCAAUUUAAAGGGACACUAUAGUCACCAGAACAACUACAGCUUAUUGUAUCAUUCCCUUCAGGUUUUUUUGCAGUAAACACUGUCUUUUCAGAGAAAAUACAGUGUUUACAUUACAGCCUAGUGAUAACUCCACUGGUCACUCCUCAGAUGGCUGCUAGAGGUGGUUCCUGGGACAGUGCUGGACACUGUGCAGUACUGCCAUUCAGUGUCUCGACCCUCUGCAUGGAGACACUAAACUUUCCUCACAGAGAUGCAUUGAUUCAAUUCAUCUCUAUGAGGAGAUGCUGAUUGGCCAGGGAUGUGUUUGACUCAAAAACUGGAAUGAUUUGCAUUGCAGAACUAAGUGGGGCAGGGUCGCUGCACUCAGGCCACUUCAACGAGCUUAAGUGGUCUGGGUCCCUAUAGUGUCCCUUUAAAUAACAUGACAAUGCAUUACAAUAUAAAACAUUUUAUUAUUUGCGGCUUUAAAACAUUAUGAAUAAAAUAAUUGUUUCAUGCAUGCUGUUUUACAAUAAAUGUUUAAAAAGUUAAAAAGAUAAGUCUAGACUAACUGUUAUACCAGCAUAACAUCGCAUCCCGGGCUUAUUUGCAAUGGAACCCUCUGGUUACAGAGUAGGCAUUGUGCAGUUAUAAUAGAUUCCAGAUUUAUCCAGCUCUAUUAAAAUGGGAUAGACAUACAGGUGUUCAGGAUGCUUCUGCUGUUAUACAGGUCAUCUUUAUAUUUGUCCUGAUUUCAAAACCCAUGCAGCAUACGGGAGAGCAUUAAACUCCAGCUGCUUCAUCCUUAGAGAAAAUAUAGUAUGGCCUUCCAGAAAUAUCCAGAAAAAAAAACCCACAGAAAUACAGAAUAUGUUGGAGAUUCCAAACAAGUUGAGCCUUGUCGUCUUCCCGCAGAGGAAGGGAGAACAUAAAGAUUGGAGUUAUAUUCCGUAACCAUCUAAAAAUUACAUUUACAGGAGACAUUGCCAUUAGUAUAAUUUAUUGUUGUUUGGGUCAGUAGCAUAACAAAGUGCAGUGAAUUAAACAUUAGGAAUUUACUGAGCGGAGGUCAGCUGAGGUGUUCCGUAAAACAUGCCUUGCUUGUCCUAGUGUAUCCCAGGGUUACAGCUUUAAGGCUGCUCUUUCUGUGAAUUUUGUUGCCUUGUUAAAGCAAGCCGCUUUUUGUCAGUUAAACUGACAGCAGAGAUUUUAAAAAAAUAUUCUGGUGUUAGAGACUGUGUUGCACAAGAAAACACCCUUGUCACUGAUGAAAGACUUAAUGCCUGCCAGCAACUUUUUUUCUUCAACGAAUUUCCUCUACAACUGCCAAAAAUGAGAAUUUAUUUAAAAUUAUCCCCAUUCUUUUUUCAUCCUUCCUGUUCAUUGCUAUCCCCUAAUUGAUGUCUGUCUCACUAACAGCCUAGGAUUUCUACUCUGAGGGGUCUAUUCGCUGAACAGUGGGAAACAAAAUGUAGAAAUUUAAAACGUGAGAAAAAAUGAUUAAUUAAAGUUUUUUUUUUCCAACAUACAAAUUUGCUCCAUAGUUUUGAAGUCACAGAUUAGUGAAUAAAGCCAAUAAGUACAAAAAAGUAAACAGUAUUGUGAUCUCAAUGCAAGUGAUGGUAGCAAUAUGGCCACUUCAUGUACUUUGAGUCCUCUGCACUGGCAUGCUUACAUGGUGGCCAUCCAUCCAGGAGGCUUAAAGUUACUACUACUACAAGAUGCUUAAAACCACACUGUCGAUGUGCUUGUUUUGCUUUUAAAUGAAUCCUCUUUUGUUCCUCUGAUUUCUUCUUGUUUUUAUUUAUUUAUUUUUUAUUCCCCCUAAAUUUUUCUUAUACAUAAAAUAAAGUAAAGACUAUAUUUCUCAAGGGAAUUGCGAUCUUAGGCAGUUUUUGGCAAUGGGCAAAUCUUAAAGGGACACUCCAGACCCCUAAAGCACUUUAGCUUGCUGAAAAGCUUUCUGUAUGGACUGCCAAUCAGACAACACGUCCUAUUACUUCCUGGUUGUUUAGCUCAGUGGAGCUAAACUCAGGAAGCAACAAUAGCCCACAGCACCUGCCUUGCAAAGACUUCAUUGGGAGGCUGCAGGCUGCAGGCUGCAGGCUUAGAAUAGGAGGGAUAGCAAAGGCAGCAGACAAGAGAUCAGCAGUUUUUGCAAGCUGGUUUUAUAUAUUCCUCCAAUGAAAAAAUGCAUAAUAAAAUGCAUGUAAGUUUAUCAUUUGAGGUAUACCUACUAAACAGUUAUUUUCGGUGAUUUAUGUGACAGUGCAUGGUGUAUGAGAGUGAAUAAUAUGUGGGUAGCUUUAAGUGGUGUGUGUGUGUGUGUGUGUGUGUAGCUGUGAUUGAUGUAUGUGGUAGUCUGUGGACAACUAAGAGUGGUGUUUGUGGUUAUGUGUAGGUAACUGAGUAAUGUGUGUUGCUAUGUCUCUGUAGGCGAGUGUGUUGUGUGUAGCAGAGUACACAUUAGUCUUAUUAGAAAAUUUUUUAUUAUGCACAGUGAUCCCUACACACUCACUGACACAAACACACACAUACACACACACAAACAGUGACUCAUACAAACACACUAACACACACAGUGACCCAUACACAUUCACUGAUACACACAGUGACCCAUACACAUUCACUGAUACACAUGGGGACCCACACACUCACUGACACACAGUCACUGACACACAAUGACCACAGAUCCACCCCUCUCCCCCACUCAAUUUGUAGUAAAACCUGAAAUAAAAAUGUUUUUCUCACCUGGAAUCCAGCGUUGGGCAAAACUCUUCAGCUCCCCCUCCCGACGUCACAGUAGCAACUUGCGGCCCAAUCAGCAGCUUCUCACAGGGAAGCCUGUGAUUGGACCAAUAGCUGGUUUGAAGCACACGCUUGACCCACAGGCUGUCAAGGGGAGGAUGUUAUUUAUUGAUUUUUAAAUGACCAAUUCUGCAGGAGGGAGUGCAAUGUGGGAAAGAUUGUGGGAGGAGAGCGCUAGCUUCCCCUUGCAGAUGCUGACAACAGAUUUAAUUUAUGCACAGAAUUGCCAUUAGCAUCUGCAGAAAAGCUCUUUACAUUCACAGCUUUUGCAAUAAAAUGAUGUUAAAAACAUUUGAAUCUCAGUUUCAAUAAACACACAUAAAAAAAAUCACUAAUGUCUAGGCAUGGGCAGGUGGCAUAGCACUGGUGUCUCCUGCUUUGUAGCAAUGAUGUCCAACAAUGGAUAAUUGUAAACUACACCUCCUUUUGUGAGGCAACUUUAAAGCUGUUCUACAAAGUGCUAGGGAAAGAAUGUUCUUAGUGUUCCAUCUCUUCAUCUUCUACUGUCUCUGUCUUUUACUGCUAGUUCACAUACUUUUACUGGCUUACUAUAGACAUUUAAAAAGGGGAACCAGGGCAGUACCACUUUUAUAUUACAACACAUAUAAUUCUUGAAAAUGGAUAUCUAUUCUAAAAUUGUCUUAUGAUUAUGUUGUAUGAGAAAUCAUCUGUCUGUCUAUCUCAGAUAGACACAUUUUGUUAAUUUGUAUCCAACAAUAUUGUUUCAAUUUCAUUGACCCUGUUAGACCCGCUUCAGUCUGGUUUCCGCGCUAAGCACUCAGUGGAAACGGCACUGACCAAAGUAUCCAAUGAUCUACUCGCUGCAAAAUCUCGUGGUCACUACCCUAUCCUUGUUCUCCUUGACCUUUCUGCGGCUUUUGACACUGUUGAUCAUCAACAGCUUCUUCUCAUCCUCCGCAAUAUCGGUCUACAAGAUAUUGCUCUCUCCUGGUGCUCAUCCUACCUCUCCCAGCGCUCUUUCAGUGUUUCUUUCUCUUGCUCUGCUUCUUCUACCCAACUCCUCUCUGUUGGUGUCCCCCAAGGUUCAGUCCUUGGUCCCCUACUGUUCUCCAUCUAUACUGCCUCCCUUGGUAAACUUAUUAGCUCCUUUGGCUUCCAAUAUCAUUUCUAUUCAGAUGACACGCAAAUCUACCUGUCCUCUCCUGAUCUCUCCCCAUCCAUCUUGACUAGUGUGGGAUGGCUGCCCACUUCCUUAAACUAAACUUGACCAAAACUGAAAUUCUGGUCUUUCCUCCCUCAAGUGUUGUUACUCCUGUGUCUGUCUCCCUCCAAGUCAACGGUGCUACCAUCAGCUCCACCAUGCAGGCUCGCUGCCUAGGUGUUCUCUUUGACUCCGACCUCUCCUUCAAGCCUCACAUUCAAUCUAUCGCCAAAUCCUGUCAUUUCCAUCUCAAAAACAUUGCGCGCAUCCACCCCUACUUAACGCCAGAUGUGACUAAGGUGUUGGUCCAUUCCACUGUCCUUUCUCGCCUUGACUACUGUAAUCCGCUUCUCAGUGGUCUUACGUGCUCCCAACUAGCACCGUUACAGUCCAUAAUGAAUGCAACGGUGAGGCUCAUCUUCCUGUCUGCCCGCCCCUCCCAUGCCUCACCCUUCUGUCAGUCCCUACAUUGGCUUCCUAUAAAAUAUAGAGCUCAAUUUAAAAUUCUGGUUCUUGCGUUCAAAUCUCUACAUAAUGCUGCUCCCACCUAUCUAUCCGUCUAGGCCCUUACGAUCUGCUGAAGACUUACGUCUAUCUUCUGUCCGUACUCCCACCUCUGAUGCUCGCCUUCAAGAUUUCUCGAGGGCUGCACCGUUCCCGUGGAACUCGGUUACCCUCCUCCGUAAGAUGCACACCCAGUCUCCACUCCUUCAAAAAAUCGUUAAAAACCCACUUCUUCAUAAAAGCGUAUCAAUUAAACGGUUAGUAGCUCCUGACUGAUUCCUCUUCUGCAACUGUCAUUAGUCUAAUACUAUCCUUACCUUUUUGUGUCAUUUUACCCCACUCCCUCUAGCAUGUAAGCUCAUUGAGCAGGGCACUCAACCCCUCUGUUCCUGUUUGUCCAACUUGUCUGGUUACAACUACAUGUCUGUUCGUCCACCCAUUCUAAAGCGCUGCGGAAUUUGACGGCGCUCUAUAGAUAUCAUAAUAAUAAUAAUUAUUAUUAUUCCUCCCAUUUGAAAUAUUUAGGUACAAAAUGAUUCAUGAUAAUGGAAUGUGUGCUUCCAAUAUUAUUGCAGAUCAGACUGAAUUGAAUGAUUUUUUUAAAACUAAGUUUUAUACAUGCAAUGUGUGCUGAUAUCACAGUGACUGGAAAACCAAGAAGAAAUCCCCUGUUAUGAACAGAGAGGUUAUUUAGUUGAUAAAAGGUUGCCUCAAUAUCACAAUUUUCCUAGAUCAAGCUGUUGUUUUUCCUGAAUAAACCCAGAGAUGAAUGCAGAUAAACACCUUAAUCAUUAAUGCUGUGUAAUGCCAACUAGUUAAGCACCAGGAAAAAAAGGCUGAUCCACUCCAUUAGUGCAGCCGAAAACACCAUCUGGUUUGUUGUCUCAGUGAGAAAUAUCCCAGCCUUUCUUAAAGAGGCAAUCAAGAAUAACGCAGAGUAGAACUAGGACAACAGUAGAACUAUAUUAAUAAAUACUUAAACACAGAAAAUCUCAUCAAAAAUAGAAAAGGCCAGCUUACUUUAUUACCAGAAAAGUAGACGUUAAUGUAUAUGUUUUCACUUGCAUACUUUACUCAUUACAUUGGGAAUGUUUAGGAAACAUGCAUAAAAUAACUCCUUUUAUGGCCAGAGUAAUGAAGGGGGGAGUUUGGAUUUCACUUGUCCACUUGUACUUGAAAGCUAGUUGUGGACUACACACCACAGUCAAUGUCUGGUGGUGUGUUCAGCACCAUACUUUAUUACAGGCUUGCACUGUGCACUGCACUCUAUGACUGUUUGUGCACUGAGCACCAUACAUGAAGGCUGGUUGUGCACUGAGCACCAUACAUGAAGGCUGGUUGUGCACUGAGCACCAUACAUGAAGGAUGGUUGUGCACUGCACAUCACACUCGCUGGCUGUGCACUGAGCAAUGAGCUCAAUGGCUGGCUGUGCACCAAGCAAUGAACUUGAUGGUUGAUUGUGCACUGAGCAAUGAACUUGAUGGUUGGCUGUGCACUGAGCAAUGAACUCAAUGGCUGGCUGUGCACUGAGCAAUGAACUCGAUGGUUGAUUGUGCACUGAGCAAUGAACUCAAUGGCUGGCUGUGCACUGAGCAAUGAACUCAAUGGCUGGCUGUGCACUGAGCAAUGAACUCGAUGGUUGAUUGUGCACUGAGCAAUGAACUCGAUGGUUGAUUGUGCACUGAGCAAUGAACUCGAUGGUUGGCUGUGCACUGAGCAAUGAACUCAAUGGCUGGCUGUGCACUGAGCAAUGAACUCAAUGGCUGGCUGUGCACUGAGCAAUGAACUCGAUGGUUGAUUGUGCACUGAGCAAUGAACUCGAUGGUUGAUUGUGCACUGAGCAAUGAACUCGAUGGUUGGCUGUGCACUGCGCAAUGAACUCAAUGGCUGGCUGUGCACUGAGCAAUGAACGCGAUGGUUGCUUGUGCACUGAGCAAUGAUCUCGAUGGUUGCUUGUGCACAUCACACUCGAUGGCUGGCUGUGCACUGAGCAAUGAUUUCAAUAGUUCUUUUGCGGACUGAGCAAUGAACUUAAUAGUUGGUUGUGCACUCUGAAAUGAACUCAAUGGCUGGCUGUGCACUGAGCAACUAACUCAAUGACUUGCUGUGCACUGAGCAAUGAACCCAAUGGUUGUUUGUGCAUUGAGCAAUGAACUUGAUGGUUUUUGUGCACUGAGCAAUAAACUCGAUGGUUGUUUGUGCAGUGAGCAAUGAUCUUGGUGGUUGUUUGUGCACUGAGCGAUGAACUCGAUGAUUGGUUGUGCACUGGGCAAUAAACUCAAUGGUUGGUUUUGUACUGGGCAAUAAACUCAAUGGUUAGUCGUGCACUGCACACCAUACUCGGUGGCUGAUUACAGCAAUGCAUGCUCAUAGUAUAGCUGUUGAUUAACUAGAUUAUGUUAGAUAGGUACGUUUAUCUCUUUUGACUAAAUAACAUAACCAUUGAUUUUAUUGGAAAAAUACUAUUCAAUUAAAAGUGUGAUACGGAUUUCAUCUGAUAGAAUCUAACCUUCCAUGGGAAAUCUAGAGAUUUGUCCUAAUUGCUCAGAUUUGCAAACUUAUUACCGGACUGCCAGAGCAUUGUAUUACCCUUCAGAAGAGACUUGUGGAAGUAAUAUUGCCUCAUAUACAAAUUAAUAAUGAGUUAUUAUCUAAUUUAAUUUGCAUACUUCUAUUUCUUUACUUGUAGUUAAGAAAUCAUAGAUAUUAUGGAUUAUGAUAUUAACAUAUGAAUUAAAUCAUUUGAGCACAGUAAUUUUAGGAAGAGUCCAAGCUAUAGUCUACAUUGGAUGAGAUCUAAGAAAAUGAAUAAAUAUCUUUUUGCCUUGAUUAUAAUAAACACAGAGCUUCAGGCAUUGCUCAUUAUAUUUCAUUAUGUUUAGGGACUUUGUGUGAUGCAGAAAGACAAAACUGUGCUUUAGAAGUACCAUCAUAUUUGCUGUCCUCUUUUCUUGUAAAAUUAGUUUUUUAAGAAUUUGCUCACUUUAAGAUUGUGUUGAAUGUGUCAGAAUUACAUUUAGAGGCAAUUAUGCUGUGAUUUGGCAACAUCUUUGUUUUUUUUUCUUCCUUUCAUUUCUCAAAAAACAACAAAUUGUAGACAGAAAUCACAUGUCCUUGCAAUUCACGUUUUACUUACAUAUAAAUCAAUUCAAGGGCAAAUUUUAGUUAGAUUGUAAUAUUUUUUCAAUAAUCUGAGCUAUGCAUCCAGCAGAUUAUGAAGGAUUAAAUCUGUCAUUUGUCACUUGCCAAUUUGUGUCCCAUGUAAACAAAUCUAUUGUUUAAACCUCAACCUCAGAAUUUCCAGACUUGUUCUUUAGCAAUGAGAACACUUUGAAAGCCGUUUUCCUGACACUAUAGAUUUCUAAGGUGCCCCCCUCCACCCACCCCAUUUACUAGGUGAUUGCUAAAUUAGAUCAUAUAGAUUGCCCCCAUCUAAUGAUUAGAGAAUUGGAUGAAGGGUUAGUAAAUAAGGAGUUGGGUUCUGGGACAGUAUAAUUAAUUAGGAAAUAAAGAUGAUGAGUUAGUGGUUAGUGGUUAGUUAGUAGGUGGUCUGACUGGUAUUCCAACCUAAGUAAUGUUAGAUGUAGUAUUACAACACCUGGGGAUUUGCUAUUUGAGCAUUGAUAUAACUGAUGUAUUUAAUUUGAAUUUAUGAUUCAAGUUGUUUUUAAAUAAUUAUUCCAGCAAUAUUUAACUCAAAUCCAAAUAUACACAGAGCCACUGAAUACACAUAUUUUUAAAUUUCCAGAUAGUGAAAUCUGCAUUUAUUUAUAUAUUCUGCUUGUGUUGGCUAGCAUACAUUAUAUGUUAUAUCUCAGUCUGUAUAAAGGAGCACACAUUUCUUGAUAAAUAAAGCUGCAUUCAUAAGGAAUAAAGAAGCAGAUGUCACAAUUCUUCAUGGCACAUUUAGGUUCAGGAUCCUAUAAGGCACCACAUAUUAAAAGAAAUGAUGAUACUGAGCCUGGACUUCAGUAGUAGACAAUAGAAAAUGCUUAUAUAAAUGUUAAUAUAAAAUGCUGAUUAUAGAUUCCCUUAUAUGAUAAUAUGUCAUAUAAUAUAAAUAUUUAUUCUGUUUUGUUCUAUAUUUUAGGUUGAUUAAUAUUGUUCCUUUAAAAAGAUUAGAGCUACUCAAUGUAAUAGGCGAGUGCAUACAAAAUAUUAUAACCAUUUAUUUCAUUGGUGGAAAUACAAUUUUAAUCGGUUUAUAUAGCAUUGUAUUAAAACAGAAUACCCAUCUUUUGUCAUUAUUGUUCUCCUCCAACGGGGAUUAUUCAGACAAUCUAUAUAGUGACAGAAGGCCUAGCUGUAAUCUUGUACAUUUGCUGACAAUCCUACAUAACCCACAGUGUAAUUUAGAUAUAAAUACUGUAUUUUGUGAGCUGUGUCUUACAGAUAAGAUUAGUCUCAUGCCAAUGUCAACUCAAUCAUCGUAUACUAGGGCUGGUGUCCAAGUCAAGUACUGCUUAUGGGUGCUGGGAUCUGUAUUGUUUUUACUGAUACUAGAAGGACCACUAACUACUGCUAAAUCAAACUGUAUCUUUAAUUUAUCUAAUGAUGUGUUUUGUCUUCUUUCAGUGUAUGGACCUGUUCCCCAUACCCUCUCUAAGGAAUGGAUAGAGGUUCAGUCCAGAAGAAUGAUUGACAUGAGAAUUAAUCCUGUUACUGGCUUCUCAUCCAAUUGGGACUAUGAGAAUAAUCAGUGGAAGAAGUAACCUGUAACCUACCACUGAGACAAAACCUAAUCAAUAAAGAAAAGGAGAUUUAAUCAUAACAGCAUAUUAUUUUAAUGUAUCAUGUGCAUACUUAUUAAAAAAAAAAAAGAAUACAAUUCAUGCCGUUGAUUACUGUGUAAUGCGGACCUAAAAUUAGUGAUACUAAUAUUGUUAUGUAUUUUUAAUACUGUACUCAUAAAGGAUAUAAAUGUAAUGCAAAAGGAGGAAAAAACCCAAAACUAAUAAAAACACAUAUUAAAUAGAAAAAUGUAGACUAAUUAAAGAGCUAGA